AUGAGCGGACGCGUGGGCGACCUCAGCCCGAAGCAGGUGGAAAUUUUAGCCGAGGUAAUUUAAACUUUCCACUAUAAUAUUUUAUGUUCUUUGUAGGCCUGUAGUCUAGCCUCUGUUUAUUCAAGGUACUGUCUCAAAAAGCGACUUUUCGUUGUUGUCAUAGAGCCUAUUCAGUGUAUUCCUCCUUUUCCCCCCUCACCAAUUCUUUAUUUAGUUAGUUGUGUCAGUAUUGUGUUGUCUCCUGCUAGUUUCGAGAGCAGGUUGAGGACAUUCUCCCAGACCUUCCCGCGCAGCAUGAUCACUACCUGCUUCGCUGGCUCCGAGGUAAGAUGAAAACUACAUUUUUGUUCCCAUAGCAACAUGAAUUUCUGCAGAUUAUGUUUUUGAUAUGUAUUUUUUUUACCCUGCAACAUUUAUUGCAUACAUUACAAUAUGAUGGUAGGAUGGUCAUGUUCAAAUUAAAUUAGGCCUACCCUAAAGUGCUUUUCAACAUCUCUAAUCCUAAUGACCAGGCCUGUAUUCCUCAUGGUGAAUAGAAAGAGGAUGCAACAUUUGCGCUGAUACAGUAGACUAUGUCUGAGUUAAAGUAUGCCUAUAGGCUUCAUUAUCUCACUGAUGUAGUGGACAUGGGCUUAGCAUACACCACAUGCAGUCUGUUUCUCUGACCCAUAGAGAGUGAACCCUACAGUGAAACUUAUUGUCCAAUAAUAUGAGAACAGGUUUUGUUGUGACAACCACAGAGGACAAAAGUACAGUAAUCACUUUCCGCUCUGUCUGUUCCAAUAGGGAGCUACGUCACACAGGUAGCCUAGGCAUUUGAGGCAUUUUGACAAGUUGUGUUUUGACCAACCGUCAAUCCACAGCUCUGUUUUCAAAUGAUAGUUGACUCCUAUUCAUGGUGGUGACAUCUUUUGUAAAUAUACAGUCAAAUAUUGUCUUUUUUACAUAUGUUACCUGUUGCAGAGAGACAGUAGUUUUUCAGAUUGGGUGUAAGAGGUGUGAUAUGAGGUAUUGUUAACCCACACUCAGCAGACCCAGUGGAAAUGGAACUGUUACAAAUCGGCCAAAAACGUACAUAUUGCCUCUUUAACAAAUACUUAGUAGUCAAGUCUUUAAGGAAGUGAUAUUUUUUUUGACAAUAUAUUUAUUCCCAUUUUUAAAAUGUCACAAGCAUCCCCCCCAAAAACAAUUAAGAUAAUUCCUCUUCUACACCCCCCUGUGUAGCUCCAACAUCCCCCCCCCCCCUUUUUGUAUACUUUUUAACCAGUAGUUCUGAAAGUAGUGCUCACGAGCCAAUAGUGGUCCCUGAAAAUUGCUUCGUCACAUACUGUAUGUGCAGAUAUGUGUACCGCAUAAUUAUUCGCUCUCUCACUCUGCUGUGUGUACAUGAUGUGCAUAUUGCUUUAUUGCUUUAUUUUUCAACAAUAUAAUGCCCCUUCUACCCCCCACCCCCUCACACACAUACACAGAAUUACAGGCUACAUGAGAGUACAGCAGAGAGAUCCCUUCCCUCCCACAAACAGCCUCCCCCUCCCUCCCCCAACCAGUAUUAGCCUCAAUGAUGUACAAAAGGGUGAAACAGUGUCCUCCAUAUCAAAUAUUAGCAAAUACAUUUGUCAAUGUAAAUACAAAGAAACACACACAGAUAGAGAGGGGAAGAGAGAAUCACCUGUGUGAUCCAAGAUACGUCAGAAACAUGGAUUGUUAAAAAACUUGUGUAUAGGUAGCUGAAGACUCCGGUAAGAUUUGGGGACAUGUUCUGUAUCCAUGUUUGUGUAUGUAGAGACUGGUCUCUAUCGCUUCUGGCUGCCAGUGGGGCUUCUGCUCUGGUGACUUCUGACAUUCGGCUGCUGUGUUUUUGAUAAUGUUUUGGAAGUAAACAUCAGCCUAUGGGGCACUUUGCUGGCCUGACCAAUAGGGAUGGACCGUGAGCCCCCUCCUCCUCCUCCUGCCCUAUGCCCACCAGAGCAUAUUUACUCAGCCAGUAGACCGGGUUUGGACAAACAAAGUAGGCUAAAUAUUAGAGGACUUCCCAAACCUGAAUUUUUGUAGUGUUUUUGUGUUUUUUUAAUGAUUUUGUUAUAUUUUUUACUAAUUUUAAUUUAUAUAAAUUUUUAUCGUUUUAUCUUUAUAAUUUUUUGUUUAAUUUCAUUAUUAUUAUAUAUUUUUUUUUUAUUCUAUUAUUUAUAUUUUUUUGUCAUUUAGCAGACGCUCUUAUCCAGAGCGACUUACAGGAGCAAUUAGGGUUAAGUGUCUUGCUCAAGGGCACAUCAACAGAUUUUUCACCUAGUCGGCUCAGGGAUUCAAACUAGCGACAUUUCAGUUACUGGCCCAACGCUCUUAACCACUAGCCUACCUAUAUUCUAGAAAAUCAUAUUUUAAGCAGCAAACAGUGAACAGACUUGUACUUUCUUUCCAUGGCUGUAUUUCAUUGUCCAGCACCUGUGCCACAUUGUGAAUGUGUGUAAUUAUUUUAUUUUCAGUGGUUGGACAAAGGCCCUGAUCAAUUCAAUAGAGCACUCAAUUUCCUAUUAGUCUCUUAGGGAAGUGUAUUCACCUGUGUAAUGAGAUAGGUGGACAGGUAGGGGAACAGGUCCAGUAUCUGUAAACUACCCAUAGACAACCAGGCAGGCAGCUGGACACUAACCCUGUAAUAGGCAUUAGACAACACAGGCACCAGAUUACUGCAGCUAGGAUGAUGGUAGCGUACUCACGGUCUGUACACACAGGUGUCUGACAACAAGGGCAUUAAAAAGACAUAGCAGUGUUGUAGUAGCUACUAGGUGACAUGCAUUGGGGUUUGGGCUUUUAUAAUGUGCAAGAUUAAAACUCAUUCUGCAAAUAAUGUAUCAGCAUUCACUACAGGCAAUAUAUGCCAUUACAUAUGAGCUAUUGUAUAGUGUGUGUGUGUACACGUUUGUGUGCACGUUUGUGUCCAUGAGAGUUGACUCUUCCAUAUAGUGGGCAUUACUUCAAGGCAGACGGAAUAGAUCAAUAUUUGCGUUCUCCCUCAUCCAGUGUUUUAGCCUUACAAAAGAGAGUUUAUUCAACUUAUUCAACUGUGUCAGAUUCGCUGUCUCACUGUCAUUGGAUGGUGUUACUAUGUACCCUGUACACUAGUUGCACUUAAUUCUAUGAAUAGUAUCGGCCAACCUAAAUUCAAGGCCAUGCUAAUUUAUGGUCCAUACUGUGUGGUUAAGGAAUAUUUCCAUAGGUGAGUUCUUUCACUCGAGCAUAAUAAUGAUUUAUUAUGUGUCCCUUUUGUGAAAUGUAUCUUACAUCUCAAACUCAACAGCAAAACAUGAACAUCAGCAGGUAUAAUGCAUAAAUAAAUACAAAUCCUGACAUAAUUACAUCAAAACCACCAUCUGCUGAUGUAAAAAGGGCUUUAUAAAUACAUUUGAUUGAAAUUUGAUUGAUAUAAUUUAUAAUUUGUAUUCAUAGGAGCUAUGAAACAAAACAGCAGAAAUACUUUGAAAACAGCUACUGCAGUAUUUUUCUGCUAUAAGUCACGUGCUCAGAAUUUACUUUUGACUAUUUUUAUUGGCAAAUGUGAAUGUAACGCACUGUAGAGCCCUGCAAAUUGACCACCCGCCUACAUGGCUGGUGAAAUAGACGUUCUUACCCGCCAAUACCUAAAUCUACGGGGUGUUAAUGGCGGGUGUUUAAUUUGAUGCCCUGCUAAUGGCCAUAAUGAUUGUCUAUGUUACAUCUUGUUUUGUCUUAUUCUGUAUCAUGACCUGAGUUGUUUUUCUUCUUUUCCAGCCCGAAGCUUCAAUGUUCAGAAAGCAGAGGCGAUGCUUAGAAAGGUGAGACCCUGUUUCAGGUGUUUGUUGAUCUAACAAGGUCCUUCUGUCCUCUGAUAUCUAAAUACUGGCUACUUUCCUCUCGUUGACUUGUAAUGAGAAUUAUUGACAGGACAUAAUAAUGUCUACAUAUUCAAUAUACCAUGUGCAUGUUACUAUACACUGUGUAUACAUGAUGCAUUACCCUGUAAUUAAAAAGGGUAACGUGUUGUAUUGAUAAGAAAGACUAGAAGGUAAUAAUAAAGAUGGUGAGAUAACAAGAUUACUUUCUGGUGUCUGUAAAUUCUCCAUGGUGAUUGUUUCAUAGAAACAAUCAAUUUCUAUGGAUUCUUUUUUACAUCAGAGGAUUAUAAUAUGACACCCUGCGAGCUGUCAAAGACUGUAUCUUCAAGCUACUUAUUACACACACACACACACACACACAUUAUCAGUAUAAGCCUCCUGAUCCCUUUCCUUCCCAGGGUGCACUGCUUCCAAAAUGCUCCAUUAUGUGUGUGUGUUCCCUUUUGUUCAAAGUUCAAAGCCUUGAGGUUGUGUUUAUCCAGAACUCCACAUUAUCCCACAUUAAAAACACACAAACACUGUCUCUCUUUUUAAAUUCACUUGAAACUUUUCAAAGCCUACUUUUAUUCAACAUAACUGUCACUGCUAAAAUACUGUUCUGAACGAGAGUCUCUCUCUCCUCUGUAGCAUCUGGAGUUCAGGAAACACAUGAAAGCAGACACCAUCAUCUCUGACUGGAGGCCUCCUGAGGUGCCUGCCUGCCUUUCUGUUUGUCUGUGUGCCUGCCUGCCUUUCUGUGUGUCUGUCUGCUGACAAAGUACAGCUCCGUCUGUGACAGAGUAGAGCUACACCAUUAAGACUAAUAGUGUUAUUACACAGUGUAAUGACACGACACAGAUGUUGAUACAAACUACCGUCUUACACGACACACAAUAUGAUCAUUUGUGUGGCUUUCCUCCUGUCUACCAUGGUCAGAUAGAGAUUGGUAUGGGCACAGAAUUAAAUACAACAACAAUAAUAUAUCUGGGUUGUGAAAUCAGCUUGAUUCUCACUACUAAUUCUAAUCGAGCUGUAUGAGUUCUACUAUAUUGAACAAAAAUAUAAACGCAACAUGGAAAGUGUUUAUCCCAUGAUUCAUGAGCUGAAAUAAAAAAGAUCCCAGACAUUUUCCAUACACACAAAAAGUGUAUUUCUCUCAAAUGUUGUGCACAGUUUUGUUUACAUCCCUGUUAGUAAGCAUUUCUCCUUUGCCAAGAUAAUCCAUCCUCCUGAUAGGUGUGGCAUAUCAAGAAGCUGAUUGAACAGCAUGAUCAUUACACAGGUGCGUCUAAAAUAUGUGUGAAGAUAAUGUGUCUAUAAUUUAAAAUGUUGUAUCACCAAAAGGGGAGGGGGGUGUGGUGAAGAUAUGGUGCAUCUCCCCGAGCCGACUAGGUGAAAAAUCUGUCGAUGUGCCCUUGAGCAAGGCACUUAACCCUAAUUGCUCCUGUAAGUCGCUCUGGAUAAGAGCGUCUGCUAAAUGACCAAUUUAUUUAUUAUUUAUUUAUCUCCAGAAUGCAUGCAUAUGUAGGAAAGUGCCCAUUUGGCUAUGUCUUAUUUCUGUACACCACUCAUUUUUUCUUCGCCUCACACAAGUCAACAAAGUCUGGGUUUUUUAACAUCCAUUGUGAAUGAUAGUUCCUCAUUAUUUGAAAAAUCUUUCCAACACUCCCGGCCUCAAUAAUCACCAAGCCUCGGUGUGAAAGAGCAAAAUAUCAGGAUCUGAUGAUCCCAUAUAUCCAGUGGAAACAUCAUAAAAAACAGCUUACUGGCACAGGAAACUUUGAGGGAAUAGGCUAGUUGAUACAAUGUUGCAAGUUUAUUAGGAUGACCUCGGGCCGGACCCUGUGAUAAUUUGAUACAUUGUUGAACUUCACUAUCAAUAGCUCAAGUCAAGACAUAUAGAAAGGGAGGCAGAGAGGAGAGAUGAAUGUGAAUGAAAGAACCGGAAUUGUCAUCAGGAUAUUUCUGCUGUUUUUAUUUGUCGACUAUGUAUUUUACUUAGUUGAUGAUGGAAGUUAUAAGCCUACUGCUGCAUUGGCCUAUCGGCUAUCUCUGAGUUCUAUGCUCUCAUUUCUUUAGCCGCCAAUGGAUCACAGUGUAUCAAUGUGUCCAUAUGGCAGAGGCUAGUGCUCUCGCCAUAGUUGAAUUGUAUCUUUUCUAUUUGUACCAUUUUACUUCAGAUUUUUAUGAUUAACCACGUGAUAAUGAUUUUCAGAAACGAAAACGUUAUUACUGAAAUGAAACUGUUCCAUUAAAAUGUGCAUAUAUAAAUAUUCAUAACUGGCACGCAGUUCGGUAGAAAUGAUAGGAUAAAUUGUAAGCUUCCCCAAACUUGAAACUCACGGUCUUUACUAUUACACCCAUUUUUAAAAAUGCGUGCAAGCGCGUGCACACAUAGGAGGUCAAAGGCCCGUCCAACUGAUUCGUUCUGGCGCCGGGUCUGACUGUAUGAUGUGGUUCCCCAGGUGAUUGAGCGGUAUGUGUCCGGGGGGAUGUGUGGGUACGACCUUGAGGGCAGUCCCAUCUGGUAUGAUGUCAUCGGGCCCCUGGACCCCAAAGGUCUGAUGCUGUCCUGCACCAAACAGGACUUCAUGAGGACCAAGAUCAGAGACACAGAGAUGCUCCGUGGAGAGUGUCAGAAACAGACAGAGAAGGUACACUUUGACCUACCAUGCUUUGUUAAAUAUGUAUGACAAUAUUACCAGAAUUGAGUACAUACAGUGCCUUCAGAAAGUAUUCACACCCCUUGACUUUUCACACAUUUAGUUGAAUUAAAGCGUGAAUUUAACAUUUGUUAACUUUAGAUUUUUUUGUCACUGGCCUACACACAAUACCCCCCAUAAUGUCAAAGUGGAAUUGUGGUUUUAGACAUUUUUACCAUUCAAAAAAAAUGAAAAGCUGAAAUGUCUUGAGUCAAUAAGUAUUCAACCCAUUUGUUAUGGCAAGCCUAAAUAAGUUCAGGAGUAAAAAAGUACUUAACAAUCUCAUAAUAAAUUGCAUGGACUCACUUUGUGUGCAAUAAUAGUGGUUAACAUGAUUUCUGAAUGACUACCUAAUCUCUGUACCCCACACAUACAGUUAUCUGUAAGGUCCCUCAGUCAAACAGUGAAUUUCAAAUACAGAUUAAACCACAAAGACAAGGGAGGUUUUCCAAUGCCUCACAAAGAAGGGCACCUAUUUGUAGAUGGGUACAAAUAAAAAAAGCAGACAUUGAAUAUCCCUUUGAGCAUGGUGAAGUUAUUAAUUACACUUUGGAUGGUGUAUCAAUACGCCCAAUCACUACAACGAUACAGGUGUUCUUCCUAACUCAGUUGCCUGAGAGGAAGGAAACCACUCAGGGAUUUCGCCAUGAGGCCAAUGGUGACUUUAAAACAGUUACAAAGUUUAAUGGCUGAAAAAACUGAGGAUGGAUCAACAACACAGUAGUUACUCCACAAUACUAACCUAAUUGACAGAGUGAAAAGAAGGAAGCCUGUACAGAAUACAAAUAUUACAAAACAUGCAUCCUGUUUGCAACAAGGCACUAAAGUACUGCAAAAAACUUUUUGUCCUGAAUACAAAGCAUUAUGUUUGGGGCAAAUCCAACACAUCACUACUACCACUCUACCACUGUUUUUAAGCAUGUUGGGGGCUGCAUCAUGUUAUGGGUAUGCUUGUAAUCGUUCAAGGACUAGUGAGUUUUUAGGUUAAAAAGAAACGGAAUAGAGCUAAGCACAGGCAAAAUCCUAGAGAAAAACCUGGUUCAGUCUGCUUUCCACCAGACACUAGGAGAUGAAUUCACCUUGGGGCAGGUAGCGUUCUCCUGGCAUCCGCCAAACCCAGAUUCGUCCGUCGGACUGCCAGUUGGUGAAGCGUGAUUCAUCACUCCAAAGAACGUGUUUCCACUGCUCCAGAGUCCAAUGGCGGCGAGACUUACACCACUCUAGCCCGACGCUUGGCAUUGCGCAUGGUGAUCAUAGGCUUGUGUGGCUGCUCGGCCAUGGAAACCCAUUCCAUGAAGCUCCCGACGAACAGUUCAUGUUGAAGUUGCCUCCAGAGGCAGUUUGGAACUCAGUAGUGAGUCUUGCAACCGAGGACAGACGAUUUUUACAAGCUACGUGCUUCAGCACUCGGCGGUCCCAUUCUGUGAGCUUGUGUGGCCUACCACUUCGCGGCUGAGCCGUUGUUGCUCCUAAAUGUUUCCACUUCACAAUAACAGCACUUACAGUUGACCGGGGCAGCUCUGCAGGGCAGAAAUUUGAUGAACUGACUUGCUGGAAAGGUGGCACCCUGUGACGGUGCCACGUUGAAAGUCACUGAGCUCUUCAGUACGGGCCAUUCUACUACCAAUGUUUGUCUAUGGAGAUUGCAUGGCGUUGUGCUCAAUUUUAUACACCUGUCAGCAACGUGUGUGGCUGAAAUAGCCGAAUCCACUCAUUUGAAGGGGUGUCCACAUACUUUUGGCCAUGAAAUGUAAAUGUAUGUACAUUAGAUUUUUCUGUAUUGUAUUUUCAAUACACUUUCAAAAAUUUCUAAAAACAUGUUUUCACUUUGUCAUGGAGUAUUGAGUAUAGAUGGGUGAGAGAGAAAAAAUCCAUUUAAUUCAUUUUGAAUUCAGGCUGUAACAUAACAAAAUGUGGAAUAAGUCAAGGGGUCUGAAUACUUUCUGAAGGCACUGUAUGUAUUACAGUAUGACAGACCUUUAUUCUUAUACAAUAUCAGAGUGCCAGAAGCAGACAGAGAAGGUAUGCUUUAACUGAGGAUGAUUUAUUACAUAUACAUUACCAGUCAAAAGUUUGGACACACCUACUCAUUCCAGGGUUUUUCUUUAUUUUUACUAUUCUCUACAUUGUAGAAUAAUAGUGAAGACAUCAAAACUAUGAAAUAACACAUAUGGAAUCAUGUAGUAACCCAAAAAAGUGUUAAACAAAUCAAAAUAUAUUUUAUAUUUGAGAUUCUUCAAAGUAGCCACCCUUUGCCUUGAUGACAGCUUUGCACACUCUUAGCAUUCUCUCAACCAGCUUCAUGAGGUAGUCACCUGGAAUGCAUUUCAAUUAACAGGUGUGCCUUCUUAAAAGUUAAUUUGUGGAAUUUAUUUCCUUCUUAAUGCGUUUGAGCCAAUCAGUUGUGUUGUGACAAGGCAGGGGUGGUAUACAGAAAGCCCUAUUUGGUAAAAGACCAAGUCCAUAUUAUGUCAAGAACAGCUCAAAUAAGCAAAGAGAAACAACAGUAUCAUUACUUUAAGACAUGAAGGUCAGUCAACCCGGAAAAUUUCAAGAACUUUGAAAGUUUCUUAAAGUGCAAAAACCAUCAAGCACUAUGAUGAAACUGGCUCUCAUGAGGACCACCACAGGAACGGACGACCCAGAGUUACCUCUGCUGCAGACGAUAUGUUCAUUAGAUUCCUCAGAUUGCAGCCCAAAUAAAUGCUUCACAUUGUUCAAGUAACAGACACAUCUCAACGUCAAUUGUUCAGAGGAGACUGCGUGAAUCAGGCCUUCAUUGUCGAAUUGCUGCAAAGAAACCACUACUAAAGGACACCAAUAAUAAGAAGAGACUUGCUUGGGCCAAGAAACAUGAGCAAUGGACAUUAAACUGGUGGAAAUCUGUCCUUUGGUCUGAUGAGUCCAAAUUUGAGAUUUUUGGUUCCAACCGCUGAGUCCUUGUGAGACGCAGAGUAGGUGAACAGAUGAUCUCCGCAUGUGUGGUUCCCACCGUGAAGCAUGGAGGAGGAGGUGUGAUGGUGUGGGGGUGCUUUGUUGGUGACACUGUCUGUGAUUUAUUUAGAAUUCAAGGCACACUUAACCAGAAUGGCUACCACAGCAUUCUGCAGCCCAUCUGAUUUGCGCUUAGUUGGACUAUCAUUUGUUUUUCAACAGGACAAUGACCCAAAACACACCUCCAGGCUGUGUAAGGGCUAUUUGACCAAGAAGGAGAGUGAUGGAGUGCUGCAUCAGAUGACCUGGCCUCCAUAAUCACCCGACCUCAACCUAAUUGAGAUCGUUUGGGAUGAGUUGGACUGCAGAGUGAAGGAAAAUCAGCCAACAAGUGAUCAGCAUAUGUGGGAACUCCUUCUAGACUGUUGGAAAAGCAUUCCUCAUGAAACAGGUUGAGAGAAUGCCAAGAGUGUGCAACGCUGUAAUCAAGGCAAAGGGUGGCUACUUUGAAGAAUUUAAAUAUAAAAUAUAUUUUGAUUUGUUUAACACUUUUUCGGUUACUACAUGAUUCCAUGUGUAUUAUUUCAUAGUUUUGAUGUCUUCACUAUUAUUCUACAAUGUAGAAAAUAGCAAAAAUAAAGAAAAACCCUUGAAUGAGUAGGUGUGUCCAAACUUUUGACUGGUACUGUAUAUUCAAUAUGAUAAUGAUUGAUUUAUUAUUUUAUCUCAGAGAGUGCCAGAGACAGUACAGACAGACAUUCAUUAAAGAGAUUGAUCUCUGUACUCUUUAAAUGGCUCAGUCGGUAUAGCAUGGCGCUUGCAAUGCCAAUAGUUGUGGGUUUGAUUCCCGCUGGGGCCACCCAUACGUAAAAUGUAUGCACCCAUGACUGUAAGACGCAUUGGAUUAAAGCAUCUGCUAAAUGGCAUACUGUAUAUUAUUAUAUAGAAGAAGGAGAGGUUUGACUUGUUACUGGGGCUCUGUUCACAACGCUCUUAAAAUAUCCCCCAACCCUCUCUCUCGCUCUCUCUCCUCUUUCUCUCUCUAUUUCUCUCUCUCUCACUCACUCACUCACUCACUCACUCACUCACUCACUCACUCAUUCACUCACUCAGUUGGGGGUUAAUGUGGAGGCGAUAACCCUGAUCUAUGACUGUGAGGGGCUGGGCCUGAAGCACCUUUGGAAGCCUGCUUUAGAGGCCUAUGGAGAGGUGAGCCCACCGAAUUAAAUAGAUUACAACAUAAUAUAUACACACUAAUGGUUCUAAAUAGUACCAGAUAGGGGUUAUUUGGCUUGUAACCAUAGCAGCACCCUAUUUGGUGCAAUAUAGAACCCUUUUUUGAAGGUUUAAUAAAGAUCAAUGCUCAUAAUGUUCUAAAUAGAACCUGUAUGGUGUUAUAAAGAACUACUUCCUAAGGUUCUCUAAAGAAUCAUUAAAAAAGGUUCUAUAUAGCACCAAAAAUGGAUUCCGCUAUGGUUACAACCCUUUUGGGGUUAUAAAGAACCCUGUUUAAUGGUUAUUUAUAGAAUCUUAAUGGAGUAUGGUUCUUUAUAGAACCAUUCUCAAUCUGAAAGGUUCUUUGUAGAUCCUGUAGAAGAACCAUACAGGUUUUUUUUAUUCUGGUCAGUCAUAUUAUAUUGUUAAAAUUCUAUUCCCCAAAUAUUCUAAUGAGCCACCUCCUCUACAUUUUAAUUAUCACUAAAAGAGCAAAGAAUCAUUUUGUGAACUGUAAAGAACCAUUGAAGAACUCAAAGGUUAUUUGAGUUAUUAUGGUUCCACAUAGAACCAUCACCCUUCCCAAAGAACCCUUGAGGAACCCUCAUCUUUUAGUGUUUAUGAAUCUCUAUGGGUGAGACCACCAUGAAUAGAUAUGUGUCUGAAAAACAAUGUGUCUGUCUGUCUGUCUGUCUGUCUGGCUGGCUGGCUGGCUGGCUGUUGUCUGCCUCUGUCUGUCUGGCUGGCUGGCUGUUGUCUGUCUGUUGUCUGGCUGGCUGGCUGUUGUCUGUCUGUUGUCUGGCUGGCUGGCUGUUGUCUGUCUGUUGUCUGGCUGGCUGGCUGGCUGGCUGGCUGUUGUCUGUCUGUUGUCUGGCUGGCUGGCUGUUGUCUGUCUGUUGUCUGGCUGGCUGGCUGUCCCUCUCUCUAAUACUGUGCAGAUCCUUACCAUGUUUGAGGAGAACUAUCCUGAAGGACUCAAGAGGGUGUUUCUCAUCAAGAGUGAGUCAUCUAGAUUCUACACAAUACAAUGUGUGUGUGUGUGUGUGUGUGUGUGUGUGUGUGUGUGUAUCUAUGUCUUACAAUCUAUGUCUUACAAUAUCUAUGUCAAUACAAUGUGCGUCACAGGAUAUUGGUGGCACCUUAAUUGGGGAGAAUGGGCUCAUGGCUGGAGCGGUAUGAGUGGAAUGGUAUCAAAUACAUCAAACACAUGGUUUCCGUGUGUUUGAUGCCAUUCCAUUUGCUACAUUCCAACCAUUAUUAUGAGCCGUCCUCCCCUCAGCAGCCUCCUGUGUUGUGUGUGCGUCCGUGUUUGUGUGUGUGUGUGUAUUUAUAGUGCAUCUCUCUCCCUGCAGCUCCUAAGAUAUUCCCGAUGGCCUACAACCUGGUCAAACACUUCCUGAGUGAAGAGACACGUCAUAAGAUCAUCAUUCUGGGAUGUGAGUACUGUGUGUUCCCAUACAUGCUACACACCAGGGAGCAGUUACAGUAUAUGUGAGGUAUUUUUCUUAUCAAUAUGGACUACAGGAGUAUGGUUUCUGUAAAUAAGAAAAUAUCGCCUAAUAUUGCUUUUUGUUAUGGUAUCUAGUCUAGUCCAGGGCUCUCCAACCCUGUUCCUGGAGAGCUACAGUCCUGUAGGUUUUUACUCCAACCCUAAUCUAGCACACCUGAUUCUAAUAAUUGGUUUAUAAGGUGAAUCAGGUUAGUUACAACUGCUAGUAACAACAGUUGGAGCAAAGACCUACAGGAGGGUAGCUAUCCAGGAACAGGGUUGGAGAGCCCUGGUCUGUAUUGUGUUGAGAUGUCACUUCUCGCCACUAGGGGGCAAUCUCACAACAGGUGGUGGGCCGAGUGUACAGCCAUAACAGACUGUGACCCCCCCCCCCCUCUCUCUUUCUCUCUCGCUCUCUCUCCCCUCUCUUUUCCCCCUCUCUCCGUCUCUAGCUAACUGGCAGGAGGUGUUACUUAAGCAUAUUGACCCGGAGCAACUCCCGGUGGCGUAUGGAGGAACCCUUACUGACCCUGAUGGUGACCCUCGCUGUCGCACCAUGGUGAGAGAGAGAGGGAGGGAGCGAGGUAACUUCCACAAAGUGAUCUGAGAGAACGGUCUGAGAGACAAGGCAAGAAGGGCCUUCUACGCCAUUAAAAGGAACAUCAAAUUCGACAUCCCAAUUAGGAUCUGGCUAAAAAUACUUGAAUCAGUUAUAGAACCCAUUGCCCUUUAUGGUUGUGAGGUCUGGGGUCCGCUCACUAACCAAUAAUUCACAAAAUGGGACAAACACCAAAUUGAGACUGCAUGCAAAUUCUUCAAAAACAUCCUCCGUGUACAACGUAAAACACCAAAUAAUACAUGCAGAGAAGAAUUAGGCCGAAACCAGAAAAUAGCUUUUAAAUUCUACAACCACCUAAAAGGAAGCGAUUCCCAAACCUUCCAUAACAAAGCCAUCACCUACAGAGAGAUGAACCUACAGAAGAGUCCCCUAAGCAAGCUGGUCCUCGGGCUCUGUUCACAAACACAAACAGAACCCACAGAGCCCCAGGACAACAACAACACAAUUAGACCCAACCAAAUCAUGAGAAAACAAAAAGAUAAUUACUUGACACAUUGGAAAGAAUUUACCAAAAAACUGAGCAAACUGGAAUGCUAUUUGGCCCUAAACAGAGAGUACACAGUGGCAGAAUACCUGAACACUGUGACUGACCCCAAAUCAAGGAAAGCUUUGACUAUGUACAGACUCCUGCUAUAGCCUUGCUAUUGAGAGAGGCCGCUGUAGGCAGACCUGUCUCUCAAGAGAAGACAGGCUAUGUGCACACUGCCCACAAAAUGAGGUGCAAACUGAGUUGCACUUCCUAACCUCCUGUCAAAUGUAUGACCAUAUUAGAGACAUAUUUCCCUCAGAUUACACAGACCCACAAAGAUUUUGAAAAACAAAUCAAAUUUUUAUAAACUCCCAUAUCUAUUGUGUGAAAUACCAGUGUGCCAUCACAGCAGUAAGAUUUGUGACCUGUUGCCACAAGAAAAGGGCAACCAGUGAAGAACAAACACCGUUGUAAAUACAACGCAUAUUUAUGUUUAUUUAUUUUCCCUUUUGUACUUUAACUAUUUGCACAUCGUUAUAACACUGUAUAUAGCCAUAAUAUGACAUCUGAAAUGUCUCUAUUCCUUUGUAAUGUUUACUGUACAUUUUUUAUUGUUUGUUUCACUUUAGUUUAUUAUCUAUUUCACUUGCUUUGGCAAUGUAAACAUAUCUAUUUUCAAUUGAAUUGAGAGAGAGAGAGGUGUGUGUGUUUGUGUGUGUGUGUGUGUGUGUGUGUGUGUGUGUGUGUGCGCGCGCGCAUUAAUUUAUGUGUGUGUUGUGGUGGUAGAUAAACUACGGCGGUACAGUGCCCAGGUCGUACUACGUUCAGGACAAUGUGGUCAAGGUCCAGUACGACCACAGCGUGACCAUCAGCCGAGGCUCCGCCCUCACACUGGAGUAUGACAUCACCACCCCCAGCAGCGUCCUCAGGUAACCAACCUAACCUUUAACCCUGACAAUUGACCUUUAACCCUUACCUUACUUCCCAAACCUGGCUGUAAUCUUUGACCUUCAAGCUGAAAUCCGCAUAAGGUGAAACAGCAUUACUGUUCGGCCCAACGUCUUGGUUAUUGUUUUUGUUGAUGAAACGGGGGAGCUUGGUAAAACAAAUCUGUGGUACUUGUUGUGUUCUCUCUCCAGUGCAAUGAUGAGGGAAAACAACAGUGUUUGUUGUUUGCAGUAACUUCUUUGUUGUUGUAAAAUCCCAAACGGACAUGGUAGUUUCACCAUGAAGGAUUCCAGCUUUAAGUCUGACCAAACACACUAGAGUUGACAUGGGUGUCUUCCAUAUUGAUUUGUCCUACCCAGUGGGGAUUUCCGAUCAGUGCAGAGGAAGGAGAGGAAGGAGAGGAAGCCUCUUCACACUAUUGAGAUACAGCGCUGGUAAAGAUGUCACGUGGAGUAACACCCCUCCCUCCUCUCUUCUCGUCCAUCUUCCUCCCUCCCUCUAUCUCCCCACCUCUCUCCAUUCCCCUCUUCUCCUCCUCCCUCUCCCUCUCCUCCUCCUCCCUCUCCUCUCUAGGUGGCAGUUUGCCAGUGAUGGGGCAGACAUAGGCUUUGGGGUGUUCAUGCGGAGCCAGGAGGGGGGUGGGGCUCAGAAGGUGGGGGAUAUGCUGCAGGUGCUGCCUAGUGAACGCUACAACGCACACAUGGUCCCAGAGGACCGCUCACUCACCUGCCCCGAGCCUGGAACCUGUGAGUACACACACACACACACACACACAUUGGUAGAGACACACACAGAUACAGAUACACACACACACACACACAGAUGAACACAUACACACACAAAUAUUCAGAUGCAAAGAUACAGUGCAUUUGGGAAAGUAUUCAGACCCCUUCACUUUUUCCACAUUUUGUUACGUUACAGCCUUAUACUAAAAUCGAUUAAAUAAAUACAAAUCCUCAUCGAUCUACACACAAUACAACAUAAUAACAAACUAAAAACAGGUUUUUAGAAAUGUUUGCGCAUGUAUUAAACAUUUUAAACAGAUAUCUUAUUGAAAUAAGUAUUCAGACCCUUUGCUGUGAGACUCGAAAUUGAGCUCAGGUGCAUCCUGUUUCCAUUGAUCAUCCUUGAGAUGUUUCUACAACUUGAUUGGAGUCCACCUGUGGUAAAUUCAAUUGAUUGGACAUGAUUUGGAAAGGCACACACCUGUCUAUAUAAGGUCCCACAGUUGACAGUGCAUGUCAGAGCAAAAACCAAGCCAUGAUGUCGAAGGAAUUGUCCGUAGAGCUCAGAGACAGGAUUGUGUCGAGGCACAGAUCUGGGGAAGGGUACCAAAACAUUUCUGCAGCAUUGAAGGUCCCCUAGAACACAGUGGCCUCCAUCAUUCUUAAAAGGCACCUGAAGGACUCUCAGACCAUGAGAAACAAGAUUCUCUUGUCUGAUGAAACCAAGAUUGAACUAUUUGGCCUGAAUUACAAGCGUCACGUCUGGAGGAAACCAGGCACUGCUCAUCACCUGGACAAUACCAUCCCUAUAGUGAAGCAUGGUGGUGGCAGCAUCAUGCUGUGGGGAUGUUUUUCAGCGGCAGGGACUGGGGAGACUAGUCAGGAUCGAGGGAAAGAUAAACGGCGCAAAGUACAGAGAGAUCCUUGAUGAAAACUUGCUCCAGAGCGCUCAGGACCUCAGACUAGGGCAAAGGUUCACCUUCCAACAGGACAAUGACCCUAAGCAGCCAAGACAACGCAGGAGUGGCUUCAGGACAAGUCUCUGAAUGUCCUUGAGUGGCCCAGCCAGAGCCCGGACUUGAACCCAAUCAAACAUCUCUGGAGAGACCUGAAAAUAGCUGUGCAGCGAUGCUCCCCAUCCAACCUGACAGAGCUUGAGAGGAUCUGCAGAGAAGAAUGGAAGAAACUCGCCAAAUACAGGUGUGCCAAGCUUGUAGUGUCAUACCCAAGAAGACUCAAGGCUGUAAUCGCUGCCAAAGGUGCUUCAACAAAGUACUGAGUAAAGGGUCUGAAUACUUAUGUAAAUGUUUUUUUUAUAAAUGUAGAAACAUUUCUAAAAACCUGUUUUUGCUUUGUCAUUAUGGGGUGUAGAUUGAUGAGGGAAAAACAAUUUAACCAAUUUUAGAAAAAGGUUGUAACGUAACAAAAUGUGGAAAAACUGAAGGGGUCUGAAUACUUUCCCGAAUGCACUGUAUACACAUGCACAUACAAAUAGACACUCACACAAACAGAUACACAGAUACAGCUAUACAGAUAGACAGAUACACAGAUACAGCUAUACAGAUAGACAGAUACACAGUAGUAAUUCUGGAUUGUGUCCUGUGUGUAGACGUGCUGCGUUUUGACAACACCUACAGCGUACUGCAGUCGAAGAAGAUCAGCUACACCGUCAAUGUUCUACUGCCAGACGGACAGAUCCAGAGCCCUAGGAGUAUCAGAGGGGAUGGACGGCUGGAGUAACACACACACGUACUGACAGACAGAUCCAGAGCCCCAGGAGAGAGGGGGCGGACAUCUGGUAUCACACACAUUUCCACACACACACGAAUAUGAGAUCUGGGAUAGUGAAGAUAGCAAUGUACAGUAAACAGUGCAGUUUAAAUACUACUGUUCUCAGUUAUGGCCAUUAGCUAUUAUGACAGGACAUUUUCUAAUGCUUUUCUAGGAAAAAAAGUAUCUGUACAUGCAUUUCAUACAAGAGUCACAUUAGGUUUGAGAUAGGACUAUAUGGCUUUGUUUUAUAUUAUUGUGUGAAUGGAAUAGCAACUGUUUUCAUCACAGAAAAUACAAUUUGCCUGUUUUUUCCCAGUUUGUGUGUUAUAUAGGCUACAGUAGAUCAAUGUAAAAAGACAAAUGGUGCAUGUGGAAAGAAUGAAGGAAUGAUUAUGAAGUGGAGCAAUUAAUAUAGUUUUGUGUUUUCACUAACGAUGCCUCUCAUUAACAGUUUCAAUAACUGGGUGGUCCUCUGUAGCUCAGCUGGUAGAGCACGGCACUUGUAACACCAAGGUAGUGGGUUCGAUCCCCGGGAUCACCCAUACACAAAAAAUGUAUGCACGCAUGACUGUAAGUCGCUUUAGAUAAAAGCGUCUGCUAAAUGGCAUAUUAUAUGAUUAUUAUUAACAAUUGUAUUAAUUGACAGCCGAUAGAUAGGCUAUAUAUCUUUAUAGGUUGUUUUAGUAUUAUAGCAUUCCCUAAAGUGAUGAUUCUUACACAAUGUUAAUAUGUACUAAUUGUCAAUGGGUGGUUUUAAUACAUCAGUAAUUCUAGAAAGGCUAUCUGUCAUAAUCGUAAAAUAUUUAUAAUCAAAAUGCAAGUUGAAUCCUGAAAAUGUUUUAAAUGUUUAUUGAUCAGAAUUGUAUACAUAAUAUUCAAAUGUUGUAGUAUCAUGACAUUUUCAAUGUUCUUGUACCAUGUUUAUUUUUUAAAGAAUAAAUGUAACUUGACUGCGCUAUUUUAGAAGCGCUGCACAAUAAGGGAUAUUCCGUUUUUGUCCACUAGAUGGCAAUAUAAGAUCGCAUAAAAACCACAAUCAUUGGAUAAAACACGACCUUGAUUUCUACACUAGCAUGCUAUUGUUACAUAACUCUAGGUCACGGCAAAGUCAGAGGGGGGAUAAAAAUCACAGAUCAAAAGAGAAUUAAGUCACAUCUACCUCACUAGGCUAUUAAACGUGAACAUAUUUAAAACAGAUACGCUCAAAUUGAAAAGCCUAAAUCAUAGGCUUAUUUAUUUUUUUAGAAGAGAUUAGGUUAUUUCAAUCAUUACACUAGCCUAUUAGCCUACAUUUUGAUAUUAUAGACUUGAACACGUUUUGUUGUUGAUGUUUGUUGUUGUCGUCCACCCUUUGUUGUUGACCCAUCAAUUCCUGAAGAGACUCUCAGCUCAAAGUCACAUCUACCAGACCGCUGGGCGGUGAGAUGCAUCACUGACAGUGACCGCAGCUGUCUCAGUGACACGAAUCCAUCUGCAUUCCCACUGAGCACAGACGUUGCAGCAUCAUGCAGAUCUUUGGUUUGGUUGAGUGGUCAUCGAACCUGAAUUCAAUCUAAAAAACAACAACUUUUAGACACGGUCUUUUGGUUGAAACUUAGAUUGAACUGAGACCCACUGUUGCCCACACUUCUGACAUUGAUUACUUUGUUACAGAACCAAAUAGCCAUGUUGAGACUAUGUAAGUUAUAGGUCUACGUUAAUUGAAGCUGAAAUAAUAAUGAACAAACAAUUAGUCGACUCAACCCAUUUUUUUCAUCAAGAACCUCUGGUUCCUCACGGGGCUUCCUCCCCCCGCAACCCGCCUUCGGAGCCUGGCGGCCAUGCACAGACAGAGCCAGAGAGAUGCGGGUGAGACGCAUAGAUGCAGUGUGCCGGCCCUUUACGUAACAGCUGGGUCUCUGACUGUCUACGAACCGCUGGGCACCGCAGGAUUCACUCUGCCACAUUGCCUUGGUCCUUCAUGGCAAAAUGUGAAUAUGCAAUUUAAUUAGGAAUAAUAUGCCUUGGGCUAUAUCAAGACGCAAGAAAGGAUCAUUGAUUAGGCGCAAUGUUAUGAUAUGCUUUCUUGUGGAUAAUUUGAGGUGGCUAUAAAGCCUAUGUUUGGGCUAUAAACACAAUCAUAACGGUGAGCCUAAUAAAUGAUAAGAUACAGAAUGCAAUUAGCAAACACUAAAAUUGCUCAGGCCAAAAUGUGUGUACACAAUAGGUCUACAUAAUUAGUCUGGCUAACACCUAACUCGAAGUAAAUACACUACAGUGGCAUGUGAAAGUAUUCACCCCCUUGGUAUUUUUCCUAUUAUGUUGCCUUACAACCUGGAAUUAAAAUGGAUUUUUGGGGGGUUUGUAUCAUUUGAUUUACACAACAUGCCUACCGCUUUGAAGAUGCAAAAUAUUUUUUCUUGUGAAACAAAAAAGAAAUAAGACAAAAAAACAGAACUUGAGCGUGCAUAACUAUUCAAACUGCCUCUGGAAGCAACGUCAGCACAAUAACUGUUUGUCAUGAGCUUCAUGAAAUGGGUUUCCAUGGCCGAGCAGCAGCACGCACACAAGCCUAAGAUCACCAUACUCAAUGCCAAGCGUCGGCUAGUGUGGUGUAAAGCUCGUCGCCAUUGGACUCUGGAGCAGUGGAAACGCGUUUUCUGGAGUGAUGAAUCACACUUCGCCAUUUGGCAAUCUGAUGGACGAAUCUGGGUGGAGGAAGAAUAAUGGUCUGGGGCUGUUUUUCAUUGUUUGGCUAUGCCCCUUAGUUCCAGUGAAGGGAAAUAUUAACGCUACAGCAGACAAUGAUAUUCUAGACGAUUCUGUGUUUCCAACUUUGUGGCAACAGUUUGGGGAAGGUCCCCCCUGCACAAAGCGAGGUCCAUACAGAAAAAACUGCAGCGCGGUCCAGCGUGAACGUGCAGCUCAGAACAUUGCCCCAACCUUAGCCCAAUAUCAAUCACUGAGGUAUACAGUGCCUUCAGAAAGUAAUCACACACCUUUACUUUUUCCACAUUUUGUUGUGUUACAGCCUGAAUUUAAAAUGAUUCAAUUGAGAUUUUGUGUCACUGGCCUACACAUAAUACCCCAUAAUGUCAAAGUGGAAUUAUGUUUUUCGAUUUUUUUGUAAAGAAUGAAUAAAAAAUGAAAAGCUGGAAUGUCUUUAGUCAAUAAGUAUUCAACCCCUUUGUUAUGACAUGACUAAAUAACUUCAGGUGUAAAAAUGUGCUUAACACGUCACAUAAUAUGUUGAAUGGACUUUAUCUUUGUGCAUUCAUAGUGUUUAACAUUAUUUUUCAAUGACUACAUAAUCUCUGUACCCCACACAUAAAAUUAUCUAUAAGGUCCUUCAGUAGAGCAGUGAACUUCAAACACAGAUUCAACCACAAAGAUCAGGGAGGUUUCCCAAUGCCUCGCAAAGAAGGGCACCUAUUGGUAAAUGGAUAAAAAACAGACAUUGAAUAUGGUGAAGUUAUUUAUUACACUUUGGAUGGUGUAUCAAUACACACAGUCACUACAAAGAUACAGGAGUCCUUCCUAACUGUUGUUGGAGAGGAAGGAAACCGCUCAGGGAUUUCACCAUGGUGACAUUAAAACAGUUACAGAGUUUAAUGGCUGUGAUAGGAGAAAACUGAGGAUGGAUCAACAACAUUGUAGUUACUCCACAAUACUAACCUAAAUAACAGAGUGAAAAGAAGGAAGCUUGUACAAAACAAAAAAUAUUCAAAAACAUGCAUCCUGUUUGAUGACACACCUAAAAGGACUUGUGUUGAUAACACUUCAAAAAAUGUGGCAAAGAAAUGAACUUUAUGUCCUGAAUACAAAGCUUUAUGUUUGGGGCAAAUCCAACACAACACAUCACAACAGUACCACUCUUCAUAUUUUCAAGCAUGGUAGUGGUUGCAUCAUGUUAUGGGUAUGUUUGUCAUCGGCAAGUACUAGGGAGUUUUUAUUAUUAUUAAAGAAAUGGAGUAGAACUAAGCACAAGCAAAAUCCUAGAGGAGAACCAGGUUCAGUCUGCUUUCCAAACAGACACUGGAAGACAAAUUCACCUUUCAGCAAGACAAUAACCUAAAAAAUAUGGAGUUGCUUACCAAGACGACAUUGGAUGCUCCUGAUUGGCCUAGUUACAGUUUGUAUCUAUUUAAAUCAUGUUGAAUUGAGGCUGUAAAACAACAAAAUGUAGAAUAAGUCAAGGGGUAUGAAUACUUUCUUUUGGCACUGUAAGUGGAGGCUGCUGAGGGGAAGACGGCUCAUAAUAAUGGCUGGAACGAAGCAAAUGGAAUGGCAUUAAACACAUAGAAACCAUAGGUUUGAUACCAUUCCACUAAUUCCGCUCCAGCCAUUACCACGAGCCUGUCCUCCCAAGUUAAGGUGCCACCAACCGCCUGUGAUGAACCCCAACAGUAUGUAGCCUACACACGUGUGUGCGUGUGUAUGGCUAUACCUGCCGUGUCCGAUAGGCGGUGCUUUAGGGAUAUAAUGGUAAUAGGAGCGGGGCCGGAGGGAGAUGAGUAGUGACGUCAGCUCCCAGGUCGUUAGCACAGUGAAACAAACAUGGCGACAGAAUGGAGCGGGCAGCAAGGCUACGUUCUAACUCUAAUCGUUUUUCUUUGGAGUGCAGUCGGGGGACGCACCGAGACAGCCACUUCCAGUGUCCGCAGCAGCGGGAGCCAGGUGCUCGGUAUGCGACUGGAGAGGAGCGACAAACCGGCCACGACCACUGACGAAGGGGUCAUCCAGGUAACGGAGGAGAGCACAGUGCAGCUCCGGUUCUACGGUGUGCAGCUCAACUCGGGCACCUGGGCGCAGAUCCGCUUUACAGAACGAGGGGAUGGGAACGAGGAGGGGGGAAACAUUAACAUUAUUGACGACACACCUAACAGGACUUGUGUUGAUUUCACCAAAGACUUCAGCAUCGCGAACUACAUGAAUAUCAGUAGCCGGGGGACCACGGGGGUACUCAGCAUAAACAUUAAGCCACUUCGUAAGAGUGAGCCGCACAAGGAGUAUGGGCUGUGCAUCAGGAGUUUGGCCGAUGGCAGGUGGGCUCUGCUCGGGGAUAGCGACGGGAGACUGCGGGUGGUGGAGGGGGAAAAAACUCUCCUCCCCUUGUGGUUCCAGAUCAUCCUCAUCUGCUGUCUGUUGGUGCUGUCUGGCAUGUUCAGCGGGCUGAACCUGGGGCUCAUGGCUCUGGACCCAAUGGAGCUCCGUAUAGUCCAGAGUUGUGGCUCAGAGAAGGAGAAGAAAUACGCCCGCAAAAUUGAGCCCAUCCGCAGCAAGGGGAACUACCUUCUCUGCUCGCUGUUGCUUGGCAAUGUCUUGGUCAAUACCACACUCACCAUCCUCCUGGACGACCUGAUAGGCUCUGGGCUGGGCGCCGUGGUCGCCUCCACAGUGGGUAUCGUGAUUUUCGGUGAGAUCGUUCCCCAGGCGCUGUGCUCUCGCCACGGGCUGGCGGUGGGCGCCAACACCAUCCAGGUGACCAAGUUCUUCAUGUUGCUCACCUUCCCCCUCUCCUUCCCUGUCAGCAAGCUCCUAGACGUGCUCCUAGGCCAGGAGAUUGGCACUGUGUACAACCGCGAGAAGCUGGUGGAGAUGCUCAGGGUGACGGAACCGUACAACGACCUGGUCAAAGAGGAGCUCAACAUGAUCCAAGGAGCUCUGGAACUCCGGAAUAAGACAGUGGAGAGUGUGAUGACUCCUCUGGCGCACUGCUUCAUGAUUCAGAACGAUGCGGUCCUCGACUUCAACACCAUGUCAGAGAUCAUGGAGAGUGGCUACACGCGUAUCCCCGUGUUCGACGAUGAGCGCUCCAACAUAGUGGACAUCCUGUAUGUGAAGGACCUGGCGUUUGUGGACCCUGACGACUGCACCACCCUGAAGACCAUCACCAAGUUCUACAACCACCCGGUCCACUUUGUGUUCCACGACACACGGCUGGACUCCAUGCUAGAGGAGUUCAAAAAAGGUGUGUGUAUCUGGAGGGACGGGGGACACAUGCACCUGUCAGACAUCACCAUAUUUACAUACAUGGUUGAUGUAUGUAAAAGUAUUUAUAAUACAUUUGUCACUCCACAUAAUCAAAACACACACACACACUUUGACACACACAGAUGUGCCGCUCUAUUGAUGUGUGUAUCGACGAGUGGAAUAUCUCCACCCAGUUGUCAUGUCACAAUCUAGGGGUCAUCAACUCUGUCUCUGGAGAGCUACAGGGACAAGGUUUGCAGGUUUUCAUUCCAAACUUGCACUAUUCACACCUGGUUGAUUAGUUGAAUCAGCUGUGUUAGUGCUGGACUGGAACUAAGGUCUGUACCUAUAACUCUCCAGGACCCCUGCCAUAAUUAGUUCUGGGUCCAUUCUGUUGUCAUUUAGAAUAGGAGGGCCACACGGGGGCAAGAACAUUGGGCUAGGGCUGCUGUCAUCACUCAGUCUUAGGGCUGCUGUCAUCACUCAGUCUUAGGGCUGCUGUCAUCACUCAGUCUUAGGGCUGCUGUCAUCACUCAGUCUUAGGGCUGCUGUCAUCACUCAGUCUUAGGGCUGCUGUCAUCACUCAGUCUUAGGGCUGCUGUCAUCACUCAGUCUUAGGGCUGCUGUCAUCACUCAGUCUUACGGCUGCUGCCAUCACUCAGUCUUAGGGCUGCUACCAAUACUCAGUCUUAGGGCUAUCCAGGGGCUAUACUAGCUAGGCUGUUCAAUCAAAAUUGCUGUAUCAUAAUGUUGUAACACAUGUUAUCAACAAGUUGUUUGAUGUUGCAUGCUCAUAACACACAAACCUAGGUGGCUGACUGUAUGCCUAGCCAGUUAGCUGACCUAAACAACAGUUUGUGUCAUCAUGAGUGUGUAAAGAAAGACAGUUGUCACCAGCUGUCAUAACUGUUUAUAUAUAUACAGUGGGGGGAACAAGUAUUUGAUACACUGCCGAUUUUGCAGGUUUUCCUACUUACAAAGCAUGUAGAGGUCUAUAAUUUUUUAUCAUAGGUACACUUCAACUGUAAAACAAAAAUCCAGAAAAUCACAUUGUAUGAUUUUUAAGUAAUUAAUUUGCAUUUUAUUGCAUGACAUAAGUAUUUGAUUCAUCAGAAAAGCAGAACUUUAUAUUUGGUACAGAAACCUUUGUUUGCAAUUACAGAGAUCAUACGUUUCCUGUAGGUCUUGGCCAGGUUUGCACACACUGCAGUAGGGAUUUUGGCCCACUCCUCCAUACAGACCUUCUCCAGAUCCUUCAGGUUUCUGGGCUGUCGCUGGGCAAUACAGACUUUCAGCUCCCUCCAAAUAUUUUAUAUUGGGUUCAGGUCUGGAGACUGGCUAGGCCACUCCAGGACCUUGAGAUGCUUCGUACGGAGCCACUCCUUAGUUGCCCUGGCUGUGUGUUUCGGGUCGUUGUCAUGCUGGAAGACCCAGCCACGACCCAUCUUCAAUGCUCUUACUGAGGGAAGGAGGUUGUUGGCCAAGAUCUCGCGAUACAUGGCCCCAUCCAUCCUCCCCUCAAUACGAUGCAGUCGUCCUGUCCCCUUUGCAGAAAAGCAUCCCCAAAGAAUGUUGUUUCCACCUCCAUGCUUCACGGUUGGGAUGGUGUUCUUGGGGUUGUACUCAUCCUUCUUCUUCCUCCAAACACGGCGAGUGGAGUUUAGACCAAAAAGCAAUAUUUUUGUCUCAUCAGACCACAUGACCUUCUCCCAUUCCUCGUCUGGAUCAUCCAGAUGGUCAUUGGCAAACUUCAGACGGGCCUGGACAUGCGCUGGCUUGAGCAGUGGGACCUUGCGUGCGCUGCAGGAUUUUAAUCCAUGACGGCGUAGUGUGUUACUAAUGGUUUUCUUUGAGACUGUGGUCCCAGCUCUCUUCAGGUCAUUGACCAGGUCCUGCCGUGUAGUUCUGGGCUGAUCCCUCACCUUCCUCAUGAUCAUUGAUGCCCCACGAGGUGAGAUCUUGCAUGGAGCCCCAGACCGAGGGUGAUUGACCGUCAUCUUGAACUUCUUCCAUUUUCUAAUAAUUGCGCCAACAGUUGUUGCCUUCUCACCAAGCUGCUUGCCUAUUGUCCUGUAGCCCAUCCCAGCCUUGUGCAGGUCUACAAUUUUAUCCCUGAUGUCCUUACACAGCUCUCUGGUCUUGGCCAUUGUGGAGAGGUUGGAGUCUGUUUGAUUGAGUGUGUAGACAGGUGUCUUUUAUACAGGUAACGAGUUCAAACAGGUGCAGUUAAUACAGGUAAUGAGUGGAGAACAGGAGGGCUUCUUAAAGAAAAACUAACAGGUCUGUGAGAGCUGGAAUUCUUACUGGUUGGUAGGUGAUCAAAUACUAAUGUCAUGCAAUAAAAUGCAAAUUAAUUACUUAAAAAUCAUACAAUGUGAUUUUCUGGAUUUUUGUUUUAGAUUCCGUCUCUCACAGUUGAAGUGUACUUAUGAUAAAAAAUUACAGACCUCUACAUGCUUUGUAAGUAGGAAAACCUGCAAAAUUGGCAGUGUAUCAAAUACUUGUUCUCCCCACUGUAUACAUACAUAUAUACAUACAUACAUACAUACAUACGUGGUCCUCUGUAGCUCAGCUGGUAGAGCACGGCGCUUGUAACGCCAAGGUAGUGGGUUCGAUCCCCGGGACCACCCAUACACAAAAAUGUAUGCACGCAUGACUGUAAGUCGCUUUGGAUAAAAGCGUCUGCUAAAUGGCAUAUUAUAUUAUUAUUAUAUUAUAGUGAGGGAAAAAAGUAUUUGAUCCCCUGCUGAUUUUGUACGUUUGCCCACUGACAAAGAAAUGAUCAGUCUAUAAUUUUAAUGGUAGGUUUAUUUGAACAGUGAGAGACAGAAUAACAACAAAAAAAUCCAGAAAAACGCAUGUCAAAAAUGUUAUAAAUUGAUUUGCAUUUUAAUGAGGGAAAUAAGUAUUUGACCCCCUCUCAAUCAGAAAGAUUUCUGGCUCCCAGGUGUCUUUUAUACAGGUAAUGAGCUGAGAUUAGGAGCACACUCUUAAAGGGAGUGCUCCUAAUCUCAGUUUGUUACCUGUAUAAAAGACACCUGUCCACAGAGCAAUCAAUCAAUCAGAUUCCAAACUCUCCACCAUGGCCAAGACUUGGUGGCAAAACCCUUGUUGGCAAUCACAGAGGUCAGACGUUUCUUGUAGUUGGCCACUAGGUUUGCACACAUCUCAGGAGGGAUUUUGUCCCACUCCUCUCUGCAGAUCUUCUCCAAGUCAUUAAUGUUUUGAGGCUGGGUAUUCCAGCAUGACAAUGACAAUGACCCAAAACACACGGCCAAGGCAACAAAGGAGUGGCUCAAGAAGAAGCACAUUAAGGUCCUGGAGUGGCCUAGCCAGUCUCCAGACCUUAAUCCCAUAGAAAAUAUGUAGAGGGAGCUGAAGGUUUGAGUUGCCAAACGUCAGCCUCGAAACCUUAAUGACUUGGAGAAGAUCUGCAAAGAGGAGUGGGACAAAAUCCCUCCUGAGAUGUGUGCAAACCUGGUGGCCAACUACAAGAAACGUCUGACCUCUGUGAUUGCCAACAAGGGUUUUGCCACCAAGUACUAAGUCAUGUUUUGCAGAGGGGUCAAAUACUUAUUUCCCUCAUUAAAAUACUAAUCAAUUUAUAACAUUUUUGACAUGCGUUUUUCUGGAUUUUUUUGUUGUUAUUCUGUCUCUCACUGUUCAAAUAAACCUACCAUUAAAAUUAUAGACUGAUAAUUUCUUUGUCAGUGGGCAAAUGUACAAAAUCAGCAGGGGAUCAAAUACUUAUUUCCCUCACUGUACAUACAUACAUACAGUACCGGUCAAAAGUUUUAGAACACCUACUCAUUCAAGGGUUUUUCUUUAUUUGUACUAUUUUCUACAUUGUAGAAUAAUGGUGAAGACGUCACAACUAUGAAAUAACACAUAUGGAAUCAUGUAGUAACCAAAAAAGUGUUAAACAAAUAUUUUAUAUUUGAAAUUCUUCAAAUAGCCAGCCUUUGCCUUGAUGACAGCUUUGCACACUCUUAGCAUUCUCUCAACCAGCUUCACCUGGAAUGCUUUUCCAACAGUCUUGAAGGAGUUCCCACAUAUGCUGAGCACUUGUUGGCUGCUUUUCCUUCACUCUACGGUCCGACUCAUCCCAAACCAUCUCAAUUUGGUUGAGGUUGGGUGAUUGUGGAGGCCAGGUCAUCUGAUGCAGCACUCCAUCACUCUCCUUCUUGGUAAAAUAGCCCUUACACAGCCUGGAGGUGUGUUGGGUCAUUGUCCUGUUGAAAACAAAUGAUAGUCCCACUAAGCCCAAACCAGAUGGGAUGGCGUAUCGCUGCAGAAUGCUGUGGUAGCCAUGCUGGUUAAGUGUGCCUUGAAUUCUAAAUAAAUCACAGACAGUGUCACCAGCAAAGCACCCCCACAUCAUAACACCUCCUCCUCCAUACUUUACGGUGGGAAAUACACAUGCGGAGAUCAUCCGUUCACCCACACCGCGUCUCACAAAGACACGGUGGUUGGAACCAAAAAUCUCCAAUUUGGACUCAUUUCCACCAGUCUAAUGUCCAUUGCUCGUGCUAAGCUACAGGACUGUUUUGCUAGCACAGACUGGAACAUGUUCCGGGAUUCUUCAGAUAGCAUUGAGGAGUACACCACAUCAGUCACUGGCUUCAUCAAUAAGUGCAUCGAUGAUGUCGUCCCCACAGUGACCAUACGUACAUACCCCAACCAGAAGCCAUGGAUUACAGGAAACAUCCGCACUGAGCUAAAGGGUAGAGCUGCCGCUUUCAAGGAGCGGGACUCUAACCAGGACGCUUAUAAGAAAUCCCGCUAUGCCCUCCGACGAACCAUCAAACAGGCAAAGAGUCAAUACAGGACUAAGAUUGAAUCGUACUACACUGGCUCUGACGCUCGUCGGAUGUGGCAGGGCUUGAAAACUAUUACAGACUACAAAGGGAAGCACAGCCGCAAGCUGCCCAGUGACACAAGACUUCCAGACGAGCUAAACCACUUCUAUGCUCGCUUCGAGGCAAGCAACACUGAAGCAUGCAUGAGAGCACCAGCUGUUCCGGAUGACUAUGUGAUCACGCUCUCCGUAGCCGAUGUGAGUAAGACUUUUAAGCAGGUCAACAUUCACAAGGCCGCAGGGCCAGACAGAUUACCAGGACGUGUACUCCGAGCAUGUGCUGACCAACUGGCAAGUGUCUUCACUGACAUUUUCAACAUGUCCCUGACUGAGUCUGUAAUACCAACAUGUUUCAAGCAGACCACCAUAGUCCCUGUGCCCAAGGACUCUAAGAACCUGCCUAAAUGACUACCGACCCGUAGCACUGACGUCUGUAGCCAUGAAGUGCUUUGAAAGGCUGGUCAUGGCUCACAUCAACAGCAUUAUCCCAGAAACCCUAGACCCACUCCAAUUUGCAUACCGCCCCAACAGAUCCACAGAUGAUGCCAUCUCUAUUGCACUCCACACUGCCCUUUCCCACCUGGACAAGAGGAACACCUACAUGAGAAUGCUAUUCAUUGACUACAGCUCAGCAUUCAACACCAUAGUGCCCUCUAAGCUCAUCACUAAGCUAAGGAUCCUGGGACUAAACACCUCCCUCUGCAACUGGAUCCUGGACUUCCUGACGGGCCGCCCCCAGGUGGUAAGGGUAGGUAACAACACAUCUGCCACACUGAUCCUCAACACAGGGGCCCCUCAGGGGUGCGUGCUCAGUCCCCUCCUGUACUCCCUGUUCACCCAUGACUGCAUGGCCAGGCACGACUCCAACACCAUCAUUAAGUUUGCAGACGACACAACAGUGGUAGGCCUGAUCACCGACAACGAUGAGACAGCCUAUAGGAAGGAGGUCAGAGACCUGGCCGUGUGGUGCCAGGAUAACAACCUCUCCCUCAACGUGACCAAGACAAAGGAGAUUAUUGUGGACUACAGGAAAAAAAAUAGGACUGAGCACGCCCCCAUUCUCAUCGACGGGGCUGUAGUGGAACAGGUUGAGAGCUUCAAGUUCCUUGGUGUCCACAUCACCAACGAACUAUCAUGGUCCAAACACACCAAGACAGUCGUGAAGAGGGCACGACAAAGCCUAUUCCCCCUCAGGAGACUGAAAAGAUUUGGCAUGGGUCCUCAGAUCCUCAAAAAAUUAUACAGCUGCACCAUCGAGAGCAUCCUGACUGGUUGCAUCACCGCCUGGUAUGGCAACUGCUUGGCCUCCGACCGCAAGGCACUACAGAGGGUAGUGCGUACGGCCCAGUACAUCACUGGGGCCAAGCUUCCUGCCAUCCAGGAUCUCUAUACCAGGCGGUAUCAGAGGAAGGCCCUCAAAAUUGUCAAAGACUCCAGCCACCCUAGUCAUAGACUGUUCUCUCUGCUACCGCACGGAAAGCGGUACCGGAGUGCCAAGUCUAGGUCCAAAAGACUUCUCAACAGCUUCUACCCCCAAUCCAUGAGACUCCUGAACAGCUAAUCAUGGCUACCCGGACUAUUUGCACUGCCCCCCCACCCCAUCCUUUUACGCUGCUGCUACUCUGUUAAUUAUUUAUGCAUAGUCACUUUAACUCUACCCACAUGUACAUAUUACUUAAACUACCUCAACUAGCCGGUGCCCCCGCACAUUGACUCUGCACCGGUACCCCCCUGUAUAUAUAGCCUCCCUACUGUUAUUUUAUUUUACUUCUGCUCUUUUUUUCUCAACACUUUUUUUGUUGUUGUUUUAUUUUUACUUUUUUGUUAAAAAUACAUGCACUGUUGGUUAAGGGCUGUAAGUAAGCACUUCACUGUAAUAUCUGCACCUGUUGUAUUCGGCGCAUGUGGCCAAUAAAAUUUGAUUUGAUUUUAUUCUUGGCCCAAGCAAGUCUCUUCUAAUUGGUGUGCUUUAGUAGUGGUUUCUUUGCAGCAAUUCGACCAUGAAGGCCUGAUUCACACAGUCUCCUCUGAACAGUUGAUGUAGAGAUGCAGCAGAGGCAACUCUGGGUCUUCCAUUCCUGUGGCGGUCCUCAUGAUAGCCAGUUUCAUCAUAGCACUUGAUGGUUUUUGCGACUGCACUUGAAGAAAAUUUCUUGAAAUGUUCCGUAUUUAAGACCUUCAUGUCUUAAAGUAAUGAUGGACUGUUGUUUCUCUUUGCUUAUCUGAGCUGUUCUUGCCAUAAUAUGGACUUGGUCUUUUACCAAAUAGGGCUAUCUUCUGUAUACCACCCCAUACCUUGUCACAACACAACUGAUUGGCUCAAACGCGUUAAGAAGGAAAGAAAUUCCACAAAUUAACUUUUAACAGGGUACACCUGUAAAUUGAAAUGCAUUCCAGGUGACUACCUCAUGAAGCUAGUUGAGAGAAUGCCAAGAGUGUGCAAAGCUGUCAUUAAGGCAAAGGAUGGCUAUUUGAAGAAUCUCAAAUAUAAAAUAUAUUUAGAUUUGUUUAACACUUUUUUGGUUACUACAUGAUUCCAUAUGUGUUAUUUCACAGUUUGGAUGUCUUCACUAUUAUUAUACAAUGUAGAAAAUAGUAAAAAUAAAGGAAAACCCUUGAAGGAGUAGGUGUGUCCAAACUUUUGACUGGUAAUGGAUAUAUAUGUAUAUAGCCUAGGCCUUAUUGUGAAGAGGGUCCUAGUAAAGCAUCACUGCGGUUGUUAUCCAGCACCACCAGAACACACCACAGAGAGAAGAACUGACUAUAUGACCUUCGAAGGUCUCAACUCUGUGCUCAGAGCAGGGAUGUAGCCUACUAGCCUGGAAUCCAAACCAUUAUGUACUGCAAACGGUGCAUAUCAGUUUGGAUUCCAGGCUAGGGAUGGACGGCUCUGGUCCUGGAGGGCCACUGUCUGUUUGUUUACAUCCUCAAAGUUUAAAUCAGAGGCUCAUUCAGACUUGGGAAACCAGGUGUGUGUGCUCUGGGCGAACAGUGGGUUUAAUGGAUCAAUUAGGAACAGCUGAACUGUCAGUCCGGCACUGUAGCACUCCAGGACUGGAGCUGGGGGUCUCCGCUGUAGAGCAAGCUGCUGGUACCAAAGUUCCUGUAGUGCUAACAGCUAAGUGCCCCACCUGAUCCUGGAGACACACAUGGUGUGCAGGCUUUUGUUCCAUCCCAGCAUUAACACAUGAGUAAGGUUGGGAACAAGGUGAGUGUUAAGGGUUAGUGGUUGAAAUAGCCUUGUCUCUGUGGUUAGACAGCAUGGUGACAUAGUGGAGGGAUAUUGAUAGUGACAGGCCAGUGCUGAUCCUCACACCACACAGACAGUCAGAGAUCAAAGAUGGACGAUACUGACUGAGCCUAACAACUACGCAUUCAGGUCAUCGCUGCGGCUAUAAUCACUGUGUGACCUCACUCUUCUGACCCAGUGGUGUGUCUUUACUCUUUUGUUUAUUGGCUGGAGGGUGACAGCAGUGUGUGAGGUCAUUAGUGAGAUGUCAGCUGUGUUGUCAGUGGAAAGAUGUACAGUAUAUGUGUGUUGGGUUCGGUUGACUCUUUGAUGUUGGUGUGUGUGUUAGGUUGACUCACUCAGCCAAUCAAUUACCACUGUGUGUUCGCCUCCCCUUUAAGCGCAGGCUGAAAAUACAAUAGGCUAUAUCACACACUCAAUAUUAUACAUCAUGUGACAGAGCUUGUAAAAUACACAGAACAGUGUGUUCCCAACACUGAGGAGAGGAGAGGAGAGGAGAGGAGAGGAGAGGAGAGGAGAGGAGAGGAGGGGGAAUAGUAAACCAGGAGAGUGAGUGGAUUAUCCCCAUCUCCCUUUGAGAGAGAGAGAGAGACUUUCUAUAUACCAGGGCUGCCCAACCCUCUUCCUGGAGAUCUACUGUCCUGUAGGUUUUCAGUCCAACCCUAAUUUAGCGAAUCUGAUUCAGCUAGUUAAGGUCUUGUUGAGCAGCUAAUAAGUAGAAUCAGGUGUGUUAAAUUAGGGUUGGACUGAAAACCCACAGGACGGUACAUCUCCAGGAAGAGGGUUGGGCAGCCCUGCUAUAUACAGUACACUUAAGUAGGCUACCCCCAUCACCCUAACACCCAGGAACAGUCUCUCCUCUCAAUCUUCAGAUAUUCCACAACAGCAUUGACUCCAGUACUUACUGACUGACUAACUGACCCCUGUACUGACUGAUCUUGGUCUCGUCACACUGGGUCUGAGUGUGUUCUGGUUCUUGGUCUGGGUAUGUUCUGUGUCUUGGUCUUGUGGGUUCUGGUCUUGACUCUAUCUCUGGUGUUUACCCUUCUAGGUAAAUCUCACCUGGCCAUCGUUCAGAAGGUGAACAGCGAGGGGGAGGGGGAUCCCUUCUACGAGGUGCUGGGAUUGGUCACCUUGGAGGACGUCAUCGAGGAAAUCAUCAAAUCAGAGAUCCUAGACGAGUCCGACCUUUAUAGUGAGUCAACAUCAACCAACCCUGAGUCAAACUACACAUGGACAAUAGAUCAGUCCAGAGUCCAUUUGCUUCUACUGUAGUGAACUGGAGUAUAAUGAGUUAAAUAAGGGAUGGCCAUUGGUUAACACUACUCCUGGAGAACUGCCCUGGUUCCAACCCUGUUCUAACACACUGAUUCUACGAAGCAGCUUCUCCUCAGGACCUUGAUUAACUGAAUCAAGCGUGCAAGUGUAGGGCUAGAGUAAAAGCCUACCUAUUAGCUCUUCAGGAGGAGUUAUAUUGUAUUGAAACAGAGGCAGUGUUGCAGUUUCCCAACACACAUCGCCUUCAGAAUCCCACCCCCUCCACUAAUUUCAUACUGUCAUCUCCCCACGGUGUCCCACCUCAUUUCAAGACUGUCAACAGAAAAAUACAUAAAAAGGACGGAGCUCCCAUCCUCCUAAAAAAAAAAAAAAGGGAAAUAUUUGUGGAUAGUGAAUUCACUCGUUUACUGUGCACACCUGGGUCAGUGGUAAACAUGGUUGUUGCUGUUUUCCCUCUAUCCUCUCUUCCUAUUUUCCCUCGCUCUCUUUCUCUCUCUCUCUCCAGCUGACAAUAGGAACAGAAAGAAGGUGGACCCUAACAAGAGAAUGCGUGACUUCUCUGCCUUUAAACACACAGAGAACGAGUGCAGGGUGAAGAUCUCUCCACAGCUGAUGCUGGCUGCUCAUCGCUUCCUGGCUACAGGUGAGUCGACUAUCACCUGAAAGGAAAUAGGAAGUAGCUAGUAGUAAACAUUUUACUAUAGUACCAUACCAUGGUAUUGUAGUUAAGAACUGAACACAGGUCAACCAGAUGUCAUGGCAUUCCAGUGGAGAUUUGUCAGUGACACUUGACUUAAAGCCUGAAGUUAUAACGCUUUAACUUGUUUAUAUGCCUUUAUGAGACUUUAUAAAGUCAUUUAAAAAAUGUAAUCUCUAUAUAUCAACAUAAUGGUUGGUAUUUAGUCAGGAUAAUCUUGAGAUGAGUAGACAUCAUAAAUGGGUCAUAAAUCCUCAUAACAUCCUUAUGUUUAUGCGUUAUACAGCCUUUAAGCUUUACUGAUUUGUUUGAAUUGAAGGUACAAUCUGUAAGUGGUUUCUGGGUGUGUCUCCCCAUUCUGCCCUCACCCUCUCUCUCCCCUCACCCCCUCUCUCCGCUCUUCCACCUCUUCCCCCAACAGAGGUGAGUCUGUUCAGUCCCAGUCAAGUCACUGAGAAGGUAUUACUGAGGAUUCUGAGGCACCCUGACGUCAUCCAGGAGAUCAAGUUCAACGACAGCGACAAGCGCUCUGCUCUGCACUACAUCUACCAGAGAGGCAAACCUGUCGACUACUUCAUACUCAUACUGCAGGUACACACGUAGUCCAACAUGUAAAAACUUAAACACCAAUGCAAUAUCUAUCCUCAUCUUACAGGUAGACAGUUCACUCACAGCUUUAAACACACACACAUAGAGACUGGAUUAAGGUCAACAGUGUGAUUCCUGUGGUGUGACUCAGUCUACUGGCUUUAGCUCUUUAAGUGCACAAUGUGUAUAUGUGUGUGUGUGUGUGUGUGUGUGUGUGUGUGUCAGGUGACUUCGUGUGAAGCUUGCUGGGGGGCAGACCUGUCCUUCACUAAUUGAUCCCUCUUAUGUAAGGAGAGACUGAAAGAGGAGAGAAGAGGAAGGGGGGAGAAGGGGAGAGGUGACUAGAGUCAGGUGGAAAGGAGAAGGAAGGAGAGGAGACAUAAUGGGUCGAAGAGAGCGAGGAUUGGAAAGAGGAGGAACAUUGAAUGAUAAUUGAAGAGAAGAAGGGAAAUUAGGAUAGGAGGGGAGAGGAGGAUAAGAGGAGGGGGGAGAGGAGGAGAGGCCCAGUGUUUCUGCUCCCACUGCCUGUGAACUAGCAUCAACUAACCCCUCCCUUCCCCUGUUCUCCUCUCCUCCCCUGUUCUCCUCCCCUCCCCUGUUCUCCUCCCCUCGCCUGUUCUCCUCCCCUCCCCUGUUCUCCUCCCCUCCCCUGUUCUCCUCCCCUCCUCUGUUCUCCUCUCCUCCCCUGUUCUCCUCUCCUCCCCUGUUCUCCUUUCUUCCCCUGUUCUCCUCUCCUCCCCUGUUCUCCUCUCCUCCCCUGUUCUCCUCUCCUCCCCUGUUCUCCUUUCUUCCCCUACUACACCAAGAUAUGAGAGAGAGGGGGGAAGCUCACACAUAUCUAACCCUACCACUCCAGUGCCCCUGCACAUUGUAAAUAUGGUAUUGCCACUGACCCUGGAUCUGACCCUGUAUAUAGCUACUGACCCUGGAUCUGACCCUGGAUCUGACCCUGUAUAUAGCUACUGACCCUGGAUCUGACCUUACUUUUCUGUGUUCUUCUGAUUUCUAUUUGGGUUUUUGUUCUACUUUACUGUUUAUUUUGUGUAGUACUACUGAUAUUGAUUACUGCAUUGCAGGGAAAGAGCAAGCAAGAAAAGCAUUUCACUGUACUUGUGCACGUGACAAUAAAAACUUGAAACUGACACACAGAGAGAGGGGGAGGGGGGCUCACAUUGACACGCAGAGAGAGAGGGGAGGCUCACACUGACACAGAGAGGGGGGGGCUCACAUUGACACAGAGAGAGGGGGAGGCUCACACAGGGAGAGAAGGGGGGCUCACAUUGACACACAGAGAGAGAGGGGGAGGCUCACACAGAGAGAGAGGGGGGGCUCACAUUGACACGCAGAGAGAGAGGGGGGAGGCUUACACAGAGAGAGGAGGGGGGGCUCACACUGACACACAGAGAGAGAGAGAGGGGGCUCACACUGACACAGAGAGAGGGGGGGGCUCACACUGACACAGAGAGAGGGGGGGAGUAGAAAGGGAAGCAUACAUACAGAGAGAGAGAGACAUGGAGGGGAGAGAGAAAGAGGGAGAGGCUCACAGCUUCACACAGUCACUAUAGCGUAAUUCUCAUUAACACAAAGAAUCACAGUACUGCUUAAAUUGGCACUGUGCUACAUUACACACACAUUAGUCCACUCUGACUGCAGACCGAUAAAGCUUUCAGUGUUUAGGCUAGUAUGUUUGCUUAACCCACAGACACACAAAUACACACUGCCCCAUAGAGCGCAUCAUUAAAUCACAGCCUGGAUUUCCGCUCCCUUAGUGGCGGUCGGGCCAAGGUUACCCCUCCCCCUGCUGUGUGCUGUUUCGCUGGGGGGAUUACCCAGAUCACCCUGGGGCAGAGAUCAGGGCGAUGAGUCUUAAACGACUCUGGGUUUUCCCAUCAGUCAUUUCACCACGCCUUUCAGUGUGGGAGGUUUGGAUCCCUUUUCUGAGCAAGGUCAAAGCACUACAUGUGUACAUACCAUAGCCUACCACAAUUCACUCAAAGACAACACAUCAACACAACACACAGACUUACCUAGGCUUAGCCCUCAGAACCCAAUCCCCCUGUGUGUGUGAUACUCUGUUGUUGACACACAAGGUGACACUGCAGAUACAGUGACGGCUACAUGAGCACAGCUGCUCUGGUACCACCAUUCAGGAAGGUGUGGUUGUGUGUGUGUCUGCUCUAGGUGGUCAUUGGGAUCAGUGUUCAUUUCAUCAACAACAACUAUGACGAAACAUACUCGUCAACAACCUAUUUUUCCUGACUAAAACUAUGACAAUAACGAGAUGAGAUGCCCUGGAAAAAAACGAUAACCAUUACAAAUUACUUUUCAUUUUAGUCGACGAAAAUGUGAUGAGGCGAGAAUUCCACAUGAGACUAAUGGACAGUUAAUUUGACAUGAAGCUCCUUUUCAUUUAAUGCAGAAUAUUUCAUGCAAUCAUUGGCAGAAUCGACAUCUUUCAGUUGCGCAGUCUGCUUGAGCUGAUCUGCCCCGCUCUCCCACACAACUCCCAGGAUGUCACUUCAGUCACUCAUCAAUCUUUUGAACUGAUGCGAAGCCAGGUGACUUGACUUGUAACUAACCUCAACUAGAAACCAUGUUUACUCUCUCUCUUGCUUUCAUGUAGGCUAUUUUUGCUUUGAUCACAUCAGAAGCUCUAUUUUCCCAUGUGCUCUGUUAUUCGUUCAUCUGUGUUGCCGCUCUCGCGACGCGGUCCACUAAUGCGAGUUGCGGUUGCUUUUUCCUAAAACGAAAGCUAUUUGUUGAAUACUAGGAGUACAGUAAUACUUCUGGUAUUUUUGGAAACCAUAACCCCCCCCGCCCCCCCCCCCCCCCCCCCUUAACAGGUAUGUUGGGGAGAAAAUCAGAACUGUAAAUUGUUUAACCUGUAGCCAAGGCUUUAUAGCCUAUGUGGUUAAUUAUGAAUGGCAUUGGUUACAAUCUGCCACAAUAUCAAUGUUGCCAGCUAAUUUAUACGAGGGGAUAGUAGUCCUAGCUGGACAAGGCUAUCUGAAUGUGCACAUGAUGGAAGAUACAGGUAGCCUACAUAUUCAUUAUUUAAUAGAAAAUAAUGCACUGACUAUUGUGACUAAAAUGUCUGUGACAAAAAUUGUCCAGUUUUAGUCGACUGAUAAUAACCAAAACUAACAAAGGAUGAAAUUACUAAAACGUGACUAAGACUAAAAGGUAUUUUAAGACUAAAACUACAUCUAAAAUAGCUGCCAAAAUUAACCCUGAUUGGGAUGUGUUGAUCCAGGGCGCAGUGACAUUAAACCCUCAGCGUGUGUGUGUGUGACACUGGAACCUCAGCAUGCACACCUGCGCUGUGAUAUAAUAUUGAUGAGAUUGCCAGGGUUUUCUUUUACCCUGGAUGGAGAGCUCACUCAAAGAAACAUAGUAGAUACAGUGAGGGAAAACAUUUUUUGAUCCACUGCUGAUUUUGUACGUUUGCCCACUGACAAAGACAUGACUUUUUUCUCAACACUUUUUUUGUUGUUGUUUAUUCUUACUUUUUUUGUUUAAAAUAAAUGCACUGUUGGUUAAGGGCUGUAAGUAAGCAUUUCACUGCAAUGUCUGCACCUGUUGUAUUCGGCGCAUGUGACCAAUACAAUUUGAUUUGAUUUGAUCAGUCUAUAAUUUUAAUGGUAGGUUUAUUCGAACAGUGAGAGACAGAAUAACAACAAAAUAAUCCAGAAAAACGCAUGUCAAAAAUGUUAUAAAUUGAUUUGCAUUUUAAUGAGAGAAAUAAGUAUUUGACCCCUCUGCAAAACAUGACUUAGUACUUGGUGGCAAAACCCUUGUUGGCAAUCACAGAGGUCAGACAUUUCUUGUAAUUGGCCACCAGGUUUGCACACAUCUCAGGAGGGAUUUUGUCCCACUCCUCUUUGCAGAUCUUCUCCAAGUCAUUAAGGUUUCGAGCCUGACAUUUGGCAACUCGAACCUUCAGCUCCCUCCACAGAUUUUCUAUGGGAUUAAGGUCUGGAGACUGGCUAGGCCACUCCAGGACCUUAAUGUGCUUCUUCUUGAGCCACUCCUUUGUUGCCUUGGCCAUGUGUUUUGGGUCAUUGUCAUGCUGGAAUACCCAUCCACAAUCCAUUUUCAAUGCCCUGGCUGAGGGAAUGAGGUUCUCACCCAAGAUUUGACGGUACAUGGCCCCGUCCAUCGUCCCUUUGAUGCGGUGAAGUUGUCCUGUCCCUUUUGCAGAAAAACACCCCCAAAUCAUAAUGUUUCCACCUCCAUGUUUGACGGUGGGGAUGGUGUUCUUGGUGUCAUAGGCAGCAUUCCUCCUCCUCCAAACACGGCAAGUUGAGUUGACGCCAAAGAGCUCAGUCUCAUCUGACCACAACACUUUCACCCAGUUCUCCUCUGAAUCAUUCAGAUGUUCAUUGGCAAACUUCAGACGGGCCUGUAUAUGUGCUUUCUUGAGCAGGGGGACCUUGCGGGCGCUGCAGGAUUUCAGUCCUUCACGGCAUAGUGUGUUACCAAUUGUUUUCUUGGUGACGAUGGUCCCAGCUGCCUUGAGAUCAUUGACAAGAUCCUCCCGUUUAAUUCUGGGCUGAUUCCUCACUGUUCUCAUGAUCAUUGCAACUCCACAAGAUGAGAUCUUGCAUGGAGCCCCAGGCCGAGGGAGAUUUACAGUUAUUUUGUGUUUCUUCCAUUUGCGAAUAAUCGCACCAACUGUUGUCACCUUCUCACCAAGUUGUUUGGCGAUGGUCUUGUAACCCAUUCCAGCCUUGUGUAGGUCUACAAUCUUGUCCCUGACAUCCUUGGAGAGCUCUUUGGUCUUGGCCAUGGUGGAGAGUUUGGAAUCUGAUUGAUUGAUUGCUUCUGUGGACAGGUGUCUUUUAUACAGGUAACAAGCUGAGAUUAGGAGCACUCCCUUUAAGAGUGUGCUCCUAAUCUCAGCUCGUUACCUGUAUAAAAGACACCUGGGAGCCAGAAAUCUUUCUGAUUGAAAGGGGGUCAAAUACUUAUUUCCCUCAUUAAAAUGCAAAUCAAUUUAUAACAUUUUUGAAAUGCAUUUUUCUGGAUUUUUGUUGUUGUUAUUCUGUCUCACUGUUCAAAUAAACCUACCAUUAAAACUAUAGACUGAUCAUUUCUUUGUCAGUGGGCAAACGUACAAAAUCAGCAGGGGAUCAAAUACUUUUUUCCCUCACUGUAGAUCAAACAUUUACUCUGUAGCUAAAUUGGUAGAGCAUGGCGCUUGUAACGCCAGGGUAGUGGGUUCGAUCCCCGGGACCACCCAUACGUAAAAAUGUAUGCACACAUGACUGUAAGUUGCUUUGGAUAAAAGCGUCUGCUAAAUUGCAUAUUAUAUUACAUAUUAUAUUAUAGAAAUAGAAUAAUAAUAAUCCAUAAUUAUCAUGUUAUAAUAAUCCCAUAAAUCCAUAAUCCUGGGCAGAAAUCCUAUCAUCAGAUGCUCAGGCUUAACUUGACGACUGUGUAAAUCAUGCAUGGAUAUUCAUGGAGUUAGGAUUCCGGCCUUUGUGGGUAGAUCAGUGAUUACACAGCACCAUUUAAACAGUAGAUAGAAGAGACAACACCACUGAAACAGUAGAAACUGCAUUUCUCUGUGCGUUUUGUGUUCAUGUGUAUGACAUAAAGGUAGAUUCUUGCAUACUGAUGAAUGCGCUUGAAGUUUUAUUGUGCAAACUCCAGGUGUACUCAUCAGCGUGAGGGUACCUAUCUUUAUUUAAUUGGGUUACUUUUUGUACCCAGCACCUGGAAGUCACUGGGUGUGUGUACAUUACUGUGUACAUUACUGGUGUGUUCCUCAGGGGCGAGUGGAGGUGGAGGCUGGAAACGAGAACAUGAAGUUUGAGACAGGACCCUUCUCCUACUACGGAGUUAUGGCGCUUAGCACACCAUCACUGGGUGAGCACACACACACAGCCGUAAUGUACUGGAUACAGUAUAUGAUAUGACACAAGCAAUGCACACAUACACACUGUUAAAGACAAACACACAGCCCCUCUCUCUCUCUCUCUCCCCCUCUCUCUCUCUCUCUCUCUCACCCUCUCUCUCUUUCUCACUCUCCAACUUUCUCUCUCCAACUUUCUCUCUCAUACACACUGGCAGAAACACAAAUAAUAAACUUGGUUCAGUCAGACAGUAUUUCUAGCCUUCCGUUUUUCUAGUAUGGUUGUUUUAUUCCUUAAACACCAUCUUCACUGACCAACAUCUGUAAAUGUUCUACUCAAACACACAUGCACCAGAGUAGAUAGUGCUCCUACUAGCACUGUCCACAGCUCACAAUGAGGCGUGUGUGUUGGCAAAGCUCACAUGUAGGUGUAUGUCACAGGAGGCUGCUGAGGGGAGGACGGCUCAUAAUAAUGUCCUGAACGGCGCUAAUGGAAUGGCAUCAAACACCUGGAAACCAUGUAUUUGAUACAUUCCACUGAUUCCGCUCCAGUCAUUACCACAAGCCCGUCCUCCCCAAUUAAGGUGCCACCAACCUCCUGUGGUGUAGGUGUGUAAUCACUUAUGUUUUAGGAGAUCCAACAGCAGACAGAAAUGUGACCCACAGAUGGUGUAGUAAACAGGUAGAAAGAAACACACCAGUGUCACCUUUAAAGGAGGACGGGAAGGUGUGUGUGUGUUCCAAUGACUGUGUGUGUGUGUGUGUGUGUGUGUGUGAGAGAGGGCUUAGUUGGCAGGAAGGUGAUGAUGCCAUAGGGCUGGAGCUGUGAUGCCAACUAUGGGUAGUAUCUGAACCUAACAGGUGACACACACUCACUGAUACAGAGAGCAGUGUUUAGUCCCAUGUGAGCUAGAGUUGUUGAAAUAGGAGAGAAAUGUAUCUCUGAAACCAGAUCUCUUUAGAAACACUGACACCUAGGGGUCAGAUAGCAGUAUGACCAGCAGCCUCCCUUAAAGGUUUUACAAUAUAAUCGGUGUACUGAGAGUCAUAAAAUGGAGUUAAGUUAGGCUUUCUAUGCUGUCAGUAUUGUAACUAGUCCUGUAGAUGGCGCUACACAUGCAGACAUUAGCGGAGUAGGUUCUGGUUGUCAAAAGCCUUUUAAAGUUAAACACCAAGAUUACAGUUACAGGACAAACUGGUUCUCUUCUCUCUCCUCUGUCUUCCUUUCUCUUGCUCUCUCUCUCUCUCCAUCUCUCUCUCUCUCUCUCUGUCUAAUAUCUCUCUCUGUAAUAGUGUUCUCUGUGCUCUGUGUGCGCAGCAUCUAUGUAAUGUGUGUGCAUGCGCUAUAUUCUGUGUACUGUACUGCUGCCUACACUCACAUCAGUGUCUGAUGUCACUCAGUUACGCCCCUACCAUUGGUCUGUCUACCUCCAAUCCGACAGCAGGCCUUCGUUGACCUUUUGAAAAUGACGAGUCACUCAGGACGAAUCUGAAAUUGCACCCUAUCCCCUAUGUAGUGCACUAAUUUAGGCCAGAGCCCUAUGUGGCUAACCCUGGCCAAAAGUAGUGCACUAUAAUAGGGAAUAGGGUGCCAUUUUGGACGCAGCCUCAAAUGUUUGGUUCACUAAAUGUAUAUGAUGUAUAGAGGUGAUAAUGUCAAAGUGCUCUGUGAAGGAGAAAGGUUUGUGUGUCUUCAGGUCAGUCUGGGCGAGAGAGGCACAUUUAACUCCUACAGAGCUGUUACUGCCUACCGAUGAGUAAACGACAGCGUCUCUCUCUCUCCCCCUUCUGCCCACCCCUCUCUCAGCCGUCACUCCCCCUCUCUCCCCCUCAGUGGCGUCCCCCCCUCCACGACGCCUCUCUCUUAAGAGAUUCUCUCUGUUCUCUCGCUUUCCAGGUAAAGAACCAACCACCCUAAGGGGAGGGGUCACAUGGGGGAGGGGGGUGGGGUUACUUUAUAUGCCAAGAUCACGUUUAAGUUUCCCUCCCAUCAUCCUCUUCUUCAGAGCCCUGCUCCAGCAAGUACAACCUGAUAGACAGACAGCGUGGAGAUCCACUAGAAUAUCAAUACCUUACAUACAGGAGCAGUUAUACUAAUUGUUUGCUCUACCUCUUUUUCUUUUUAUUUUAAGUAGAGUAAAAGACGAAAACAUUUCAACUCCCAAACGACACUUAACUCCCAAGAUCUAUUCCUUCUCUCACUCUCUGCUGGUUUUAUUCCCUCUGGAAACCAAGAGUUACAAAGGUUUAGUAAUCUAAUCAGACCCUCAAUCCUCUAAUGCUUUUCUCCAGAGCUUGAUAGCAGACUCACAGUAGCCUGGUUAAACCAGACUGAUAGCAGACUCACAGUAGCCUGGUUAAACCAGACUGAUAGCAGACUCACAGUAGCCUGGUUAAACCAGACUGAUAGCAGACUCACAGUAGCCUGGUUAAACCAGACUGAUGGCAGACUCACAGUAGCCUGGUUAAACCAGACUGAUGGCAGACUCACAGUAGCCUGGUUAAACCAGACUGAUGGCAGACUCACAGUAGCCUGGUUAAACCAGACUGAUGGCAGACUCACAGUAGCCUGGUUAAACCAGACGGAUGGCAGACUCACAGUAGCCUGGUUAAACCAGACUGAUAGCAGACUCACAGUAGCCUGGUUAAACCAGACUGAUAGCAGACUCACAGUAGCCUGGUUAAACCAGACUGAUAGCAGACUCACAGUAGCCUGGUUAAACCAGACUGAUAGCAGACUCACAGUAGCCUGGUUAAACCAGACUGAUAGCAGACUCACAGUAGCCUGGUUAAACCAGACUGAAAGCUGCAAACAAAAAUAAAAAAAGGCUAACCAUUUAACGCCGGUCGAGAUGACAGUGGCGCUAAUGCAAAUUAAUAACGCUAUUUUAGCAUAACGCGUAUUUACGCUCCACUACACCCUCUGGUGGAGUAGGAUGGUAUUGAAUUAUUCAUGGUUUGGUGGACAAGCCGGUCCUUUUUUUUUUUUUUUUUUUUUUUUUUUUUUAGUCAUUUAGCAGACGCUCUUAUCCAGAGCGACUUACAUGAGCAAUUAGGGUUAAGUGCCUUGCUCAAGGGCACAUCGACAGAUUUUUCACCUAGUCGGCUCAGGGAUUAGAACCAGCGACCUUUCGGUUACUGGCACAAUGCUCUUAACCACUAAGCUACCUGCGGUCCUCUGCAGUCAUCUUUCACUAGGAGUGACUGAGUGAUGUGGAGUGGUGCAGUUCUUACUCUGCCCGGUAAUUGCUGAUGCUGACAGCUGAGCCCUAUACAGUAUGUACUGCUAACAGACUGUGUGCCACAUCAGGUCACAUCAGUGGGUUUGUCCCCUGUCAGCAGGACAGAGCAGAGCAGAGGAGCCUGGGACAACAUUACUCAGUUUAGUGCCGAUGACGGGCCCUAUUCCAAUAAGGUUAGGGUUUACAAGUUAGGGUUAAAUGUAUCUUUCCUUUCUUCCUUCAUUCCUUUCUUCCUUGGAAUAAUAGCUGAUCUGCUUCCCUCAGUACUGGUUUCACCAACCUUAUCAUGUUAGAUCAGUGACGUGGAAGGAAGGAUGGAAGGUAGGACAGUAGGAAGGAAGUAUGGAAGGUAGGACAGUAGGAAGGAAGGAUGGAAGGUAGGACAGUAGGAAGGAGGGAAAUAUUUUCGUGAUAUUGGAGCACGGCCAGGGAUUUAGAAAGGGUGAUAACAAUUUCUUUGGCCCUUUGGAAUAGCUGGACUACACAGUACAGAUUGAGGAAAAGGAGGAGGGAAGGAAGGGAGGAAGGAAGGGAGGAAGGAACUUGCUGGAUGGGGCUCUAGAUGGAACCACUGCUCCACGGCACUACCUCUCAUCUCUGAUCUUUAACCCCUGACUCCUUCUACCUAGUUGCCCUAACCACUGGUCCAGGUUCAGAUGUUUUCUCAUUGCCCUACUGGUUACAUUUUGGGUAAUCUGAUCCUAGACCUGUGGUUAAAGGCCAUCUUCUACCUUGCGCCACUACUACCUGAUCCUGUCACUAGCAUAGAAUUAGAGUUCUAUGAUCACUGCUCUACUUCUGACCCUCACUACUUCCUAUAACUAAUAGUUCCCUAGACCCUUCCCCUAGGCACUUGUAUAGAUCUAAAAAGAGUAGAUGGGUAUAGGCAAUACGAUGCCAGUUUGACCCAGCCUACCAAAAGACAAGGUGGUACUAUUACCACAUGCCUAUCCAAUGUUCUUAGAAGUGUGCCUAGAAGGAACGAGCUAUGGGGGGUGGAUUUGGAACUGGGCAUGCUUCACUCACUACACACUCCUUAACCCCAGCUCCCCUAACCAACACACAUAAACACACACUCUCAUAAUGUUGACACCCCUUCCCGUUCCCCAAAGCCAAUCAGAGCCUCAUUUGCAUGGCAGGCCUGUUGAGCAGAUCCCAGAGCCAUGAAAACUCAGGGAGAUCAAACGCCACAGAAUACUCAGUCUUGAUCCUGGCUGUUGAUUGGUACCCAUGAUGCCAUCACCCUUGAUCCUGGCUGUUGAUUGGUCCCCAUCACUCCCGAUCCUGAUAUAAUCCCUCUUUACCCCAGCAUAAAAUCUGUAUAUAACCACAUCCUCCUCUAAUCACCAGUCAAUCGUACCCAACCUGCAUCUUUGUGUGUCCAUAUGUUUGUGUUGCAUAUAUAUACCUGUUGCUCUCUGUGCUGCUGUGUGUAACACCACGUCUGUGUGUUGCUGUUCAGUCCUGUAUUAUAUAUAUAUGUGUGUGUGUGUGUGUGUGUGUGUGUGUGUGACAUGGCUGUAGUGGCCGCUGACGUUGGUGCGUAUCAUGUGUGUUUGCAUGCCUGUGUGUGUUUGUGUUGUGUGUCCACUAACCUCCAGUAUCCAUCCAGUGAUUUAUACCACACUGUGGUUUCUCACUAACUUCAUCUGUGUCUGAAUUACUGCUGUCAGAGCCAUGAUAUUCUACUGUACAAUCAUACCCUGCUGUUCUCCUCUGUUCUCCUCUCCUCUGUUCUCUCCUCUCCUCUGUUCUCUCCUCUCCUCUGUCUGUGAACUUGCAUGUGUGUGUGUUUACCUAAUAUGUGUGUGUGUGUGUGUGUGCAUGCAUGCAUUCAUGUGGGUGCGAGUGAAUGUGUUUGUUCUUGUGCGAAUGUGUGUAGGUGUAUGUAUUAUCCCAAGCUCACCCUCUCUCUCCCUCUCCGUAUCCCAGAGUUCCGUUCUCCUACUCACAGCAGCGGUCUGAACCGCUCGGCAUCGCUGAGCUGCACUGAGCGUGGCGCUCCCGGAGAAUGCAGCUCGGUAACCGCUAGCAACACGCAGCUCAUCACCUGCCAGUACACACCAGACUUCUACGUACGGGCUCUUACUGACCUGCAGUAUGUCAAGGUAACACUCUCACCUUUAACCCCUAACCUUGACUUUUAACCUGCUGAUAACUGUACGUAUGUCUUAGUCACCUUUAUGCUGACAGCAGUAUUCUGUCUAGUAGUCACACAUACUUGGGUGAGGGUUUGUUUUUGAACAGGGCCUUAGUCUCUCUAUACGCUCUCCUCCUCCUUAACACUCUGUCGCUUUCUUCUCCUCUCCUCUCCUCAGAUCACUCGUUCCCAGUACCAGAACGGUCUGCUGGCGUCCAGGCUGGACAGCACCCCACAGUCACCCGAUGGGAGCCAUCCCCACCUUGACAGCACGUCCGCAUCCCUGCCCCCAAUCACCCCCCCAGCCCCUCCCCGCACCCCUCUCCCCUUGGCCACCCCACCCUUCAAACGCCCCCUUGCCCUCCCCCAUCCCACCCCUCCCCCCACCGACCGUACCCCCUUACCCCAAACCACCACCCCCACCCAUGCCAAUCCCCGCCCGGCCCUGCCCCUGCCACAAUCCACCCCUCCUCCCACAAAAGGCACACCUCUGCCCCAGACAACCCCUUCCCCCUUCUCGGCUCACCCACCUCCAUCUUCCUCCUCCUCCUCUCUCCCCCACCCGCCGCCUCCCCCCACCUCCCCCCCCCCCAAAUCCCCCCCUUCUGCGAGGCCAGGGGGUGAGAACGGGCCAGGUGAGACGACCUCUCUGCUCUCUGAGCAGCCGCAGAACUGCCAGGGCGGCACACGCAAGCCCAGCUACCCACAAACACACACACAACACCAACACCCGCACACACACGUGCACACCAUCAGUCACGCACACACAGAGAGCACCAUCUGA